AUGACGGCUCCGCGGAGGGGGGAUCGCGAGGGGCCGCCGGGCAGGUAUGCGGGUUACAUCAUCCCCGUGUCAGACUGCACGUGGGAACGCGGGAGGGAUGCGUGGCUGGGACCCGGGCGCGGGGAAAGAGGCUCCUCGGCUGGGACGCGCCUCGGGCAGGCGGGCGGGGGGCUCCCUGUCCUGCUGCUGCCCGCCUGGGGCUCGGGAGCCGGGGGAGCAGCAGCCCUUUCCCCGCGCCUUCUACGUGCCCAGGGUCGGCCUGGGGAGAGAGCGGGACCCGGCGGCUCCUGCCUUCGCCCUCGUUCUGAUCAGCGCAAACGGUUUCCCUCCAGGCUCGUCUCUCCUGGAUCGGAGCGCUGGUGGGAUAGAGGCGGGGAGCUUCGCUGGCGCCUUGGCUUAUGCCGUCGUCUGGAACCUUUUGGGCCAGGGCAGCCCCUCGAGGAAAGGGUAAGGGGCGGCACGCCUGACGGGGGUCGGGAGGGAGGCGCGGGCCGGUGCCAAACCGGCGUUUGAGACCCUGGGCUGGCCUUGGGGGCCGAAGGGGGAAACGGGGGCUGCUUUAGGUGGUCGUUGAAACUGUGACAAGCCGCCCAGAAUCGCUGCUGCGUUGCUUUUCCUGACUGCAAGCUGCUUUAAAAUGCCUUUACAUAUUGUGAUUUCCUGAGACCUUAGGAAUGAUGGAAUUGUAGAGUCGGAAAGGGGUCUCUAGGGUCAUCUAGUCCAACCCGCCGCCAUGCAGGAAUCUCAACUAAUUGCGAAGGGUGUGUAGUUAAUAAUUAUAACAGGUGGAUCCCAUUUGCUCAUUCUGCUGCGUGGGGCCCUUGUACUUCUGCCCUAAAGUCCUGCCUUGAUGGCACCACCAAGUACCCAAUGAAGUUGCAUCUGCAUGACUAGGGCUGUGGCAGCAUCCUGUCAGGGACUGAGCCUGGUAAGAGAGGGCCUUGGUGUGGGUCUCUCCCUGAUGGUAGCCAGAGUCUGAAGGGGCCACUCCUCAACAACCUUGGUGUGGGUCUCUAGGCCUGGGGGGGCAGUGUUGCCCAGUCUUAACUCCUAUAGCACAGGAUAAUUCCCCCUUGCCAAUGGGAUCCCAGCUGCUGCUAUAGCAGGUUUUCCUCUCUAAAGCCAGGAUGGGGAAACUGUGGCACUCUGGAUGUUGUUGACAAUCAAGAAUAAUGAGAGUUGUUGUCUAGCGAUACGUGGAGGCCUGUGGGUUCCUUAGCUUUAUUCUGAAGAAGGCCUGUGUGGUGUAGUGACAGGGGAGACCCAGUCCCACCCACUUCCUUUGUGAAGCCCACUCUGUAGGCUGUUCAUAUCCUAACCUACCUCACAGGGUUGUUGUGAUGGUAAAAUGCACACGGGGUUAGAGUGGGAACAUACAUACAUUGCCCUGUCCUCCUGGGAGGAAAGAUGGGACCGAAAUGCAAUUUAAUAAAUAAGGUUAUUGUGCUGAUUACUGCCAGAGUGCGUGUGAAAGCUGAUUAAAUUGCAGCAGGACGUUUCAGAAAUUAUCCCUUGGGGGUUUGGGAACAUUUGUUUGCACUACCUGGUGUAGUAGGAUAGUUAAAAUAAAUAAACAAAAAACCUGUUUUGCUGAUGAGAGAAUUAUAGUUGAGAGACUACUUGCUUGAUGUCACUCAAUUGGUGAGCCAGUCGAUUCAGGCACAAUUCUCAAAGGCCUUCUCUGUGUUGGCACCCUGUUUACAGGGUGCAUUCUUUCCAGUGAUACGGUUGUUGCUGAUUCUUUUUCUUUUGGCACCAACUUAAGGCGGAUCUAUCUACUCAAGCUUUUGGAGGAUGCUAAUUCAGCCAGCCUUGUGAUAGAAGUUAGGAGCUGUGCUGCAGUCUUAAAGAUUCUUAAUGUUUGGUGUAUUCUGAUUAUGAUAUUUUAUCUGCUCUGUUGUUUUUGUGACAUGGAAUGAUUGUUUGUGGUUGUUCUGGGGUCAUGAAUGAUGAGGUGUGGGUCAGAAAUAUUGUAAAUAAUAAUCAGAGCAGAGGGCUGGAUCCUAACCCUUUUCACUCUUACAAAGCUAGGACAUUAUGAGGAUGAACAGGCUGCAAGAAUGAGUUCAGUUUUUGGAGAUGAGCCGAUGAUGUCUGGACUCGGGUGCUUCUGCAAGAUAGCAAGGAACACUUCUAAAAAUAUUUGGAUCUGGUGGCCUUUUUGGAUGCUUGAUCUAUUGCUAAAAAGUUUCUUUUAACUCUGGAAUUAAAGCCUUGAUGCUUCCUGUCAAUGCCCAACUCCCCUCCAGGUUUAAGAGCGAUGCCUGCUGUCCAGAGACACAUGUCCCAGUUGCUAAAAUUGCAUCAUACGGCCGUGUUGGGCAGGGAGAGGUUGAGUGGCAGAUUUGGAAGCCGUGGUGUCUUGCCAUUUCUCCAUACACAAUCCUGGCUUUGUUGCUGCUGAGUUGGAGAACUAAACUGACGAGGAAGCUUCUGCCGUUUCUGAUUCCCUAGAGCCCAACAGGGAAGGUCACGGGAGACGAGUGAGGCGUGUUUUGCAGCAGACACAUGCGGGCUUCUGUAUGUUAAUGAUUCCCAGGUGGAAGUUUUGUAAGCCUGUGUCUGGUGAGUUAGACAACUUUUAUUUCAGGGAGUGCAGUUAUGCUCUCACUUCAGCUGGUGCUUGGGGAGCCUGUGCUGCCUCAUCACCCUCUGCCCCCCCCCCCCGUUCCCUUUCGAUUUGCCUCUCCUUUGGGUCAUCUGCAGGUUAGAUUUGCCAGGUUCCUGGGGCUGCCAGCUGACGAAGCUCUUUAUGGCAUGAUUCUGGAAAUUCUUCCCCCUGCCCUGGGUGGGAUUGCGUGGAUGAGACCGUCUGGGAGGCCUGCCGUUCUCUGCUCUAACAGGCCCGGCAUUGUUUGCUUUGCACUAUUACACAUCUAUCUCUGCCAGUGAGGACAGAAUGUCUGAUUUCCCUCCACCUCCCCUCCUUUUCUUUCCUUUUGCUGUGCUGUCUUUUGCUACACUAGGGCAUGCUAAUUAUUUUUGGUGUUUCGCUCUUCCCCCACCCCGCUGCUUGCCAGAGUGCUUUCUUUUCCCCCUGUGACAUAUGCUGGGAUAUGAGAAACCGGGGCAUCGCGUGACCUUGAAGUUUGGAGGGAAAGCUAUGCAGGGUGGCUGCAGCUCUCCCAAAGGACUGUAUGUUUCCAAACAUCUUGUCCACUUGGCUCUCCGCUGAAUGUAGCUUUGUCUCUGUAGCUGUGUCCAGAAGCUGCUUUUGAUGGUGGCAAAGCAAAGUAACAGAGGCUUGGAGGUGGGACUUAAUUGCUCUCUGUAGGUGGGCAAUGCCUCCACCCCCAGUGCCAAAACAACGGCAGUAGGUCCCAGUUUCCCAGGUUGAUUUGAUUAUUGGAUGCCAGUCUGGUCUGUAUUGUCUUAGAAAAUUUGAUUGUUUUGCUUGGCCGGCUGGCAAAUUGCUGGGGAACCCCCCUAGAAUAUUUGGAGAUCUAGGUUUGUAGAAGUACUGUUGUAGAGUACUAGAGCCACAUGCUGUGCCUGAAGAAAUUCCAGGUAAGGCUCAGAAAAACUUCUCUCCCAAAUUCUGGGCAGAUGAGCUUUAACACAGAUGAUACUGAAUUGGAUGGGCCGAUGCUACAAGGCAUCUUCCUGUGUUCCUAACCUGGGUACGUACCGGCUAUGACGUUUGCCUACGUCAAUUCUGAUCAAUGUCUUGUCUUAAAUGACCCCAGAUUCUUGAAUGUGGCCACUUCCUCCCAAAUGUUUAUCGUUGUUGCUAGCACGUGUGAGCGGUGGAUGAAUAACUUGGGAUCCAUCCAUGGAAGACUAUAGCGAUCGCCUUUUGAGAACAUAUGACCAGUGUUCGAAGUUCCCCAGGUGCCAGGUGUGUUUUGCUUCCGGCGUGGGUCCAGUUGUAACUACCUGGAGAUUUCUGGACACCGGAUUGGUGACCGCAGUUUAAAAACCUUUGUAUUAGUUCAUCAGAAAUAUUGCUUCAAUUUCCUCUGUGUGUGUUCCUCCUUCUUUCAUCCUGGGACAAGUGAAUGGUUGUAGGAGCAAGCUACAAGUCAAGCAGUGUAGUUGAGAAUUGUAGAAUUGUAGAAUUGUAGCAUUGGAUGAGACUCCAAAGGUCAUCUAGCUCGAUCACCUGGCGAAUAGGCAUUUCUUCGUGGCAGCUGUAACCUAGAUUGAAGGCGCCAUUUGGCUUGUAUAUCUGAGGUUAUAACACUGCAUAUAACGGCAUAUAAUCAAUGUUUUUUCUUUUAAAAAAAUACAAAAAUCAGAUUUUUUGAUUUAAAUCAGAUUUUUUAAAUUUAAAUCAGAUUUUUCAAAUAAAAUGCUUUUGGAGGAAAAAUCUUUCUAAAGAUAGUUUUCUGUUUAAGCUACAUUAUAGUCCAAAGGCUAUUCAUCAGGAAAUAAGGAUUUGUUUUACGUUUUUCAUGUGUGCUAAAACUCAGUCUUAAGUUUUUUUUUUUAAAAAACCGUUUAACCACAUCAGUUAACAAACAUGGAUACAUAUGCUAUGAUGUUAUUGUUUUAGUUAAAUAAAUUGUUUAAAUUGUUAUUAAGUAAAUAAUUAUUUUUCUCCUUCCAAUAACGUACAGCAGAAAAGUUGUCCAAAUAUAAACAGUUAACUUAUUAAACCUCACAAUAAUUUCAUAAUUAUCGGUCUAUGUAUUUCUAAUAGUAUAACCAAAUCAGUAAUGUUUGAUAUAACUGUAAAAACUACUCUGAACAUUUAUUAUUCCAAAAAUGAAACCUUCAUCCGGUUGUAAAUAUUAAGAAUGAGUCUUUCUGUAAAAAAAUGAUUUAAAUCAAGUCUUACUGACUAAUGAUUUAAAUUGUGAUUUAAAUCGAUUUGAUUUAAAUCAAAUCCACCCUGGCACAUAACAAGUCCUGCUGCAUUGGGCCAAAAGUCCAUGAAUUUUAGAAUUUUUCAUGGUCCUCCAUUGUGAUGAGAAGCACCAGGCCAUGUGUCAGAAGCUGCUGCCGUCUUAAUUACUCCUAAUAUCUCUUAGCCCUGCCUUGGAUGCACACAGUGUUGGAGGUGGGGCCCAGAGGCAUUUGGGAUAAUGAAGAUGGCCACUGUAGCUGCCUCCUCCACCCUUUCUCUCUGCCACUUUGGGCUGAGGGAGUGCCAGGAGUCUGGUGCUGCUUUCAUCAUCCACAGGAGCAUGAGGACCUGCCUUAUACCGAGUCAGGCCAUUGGUCCGUGCAGCUCAGUGUUGUCUGCAUGGAUUGGUAGAGGCUUUCCAGGGUUGCAGACUGGGGACAUUCCCAGCCUUAACUGGGGAUCCCAAGGAUUGAACCUGGCGCCCUCUGCAUGCAAAGUUGAGGUGGGGAACCAUCUGUGGUGCAUCGCUACUGCAGCCUCCCACUGCCAUUCCCUCUGCACACACAACCCAGUCAACUUUGGAAGGUCCCAGUCAUGAGCAGCUCGCUCCGACCUUCCCUAGAUCAGCUGCUGCCAACCCUGUCCUGUACAGCUAUCCUUCAUAUGCGCUCAUUUUUUAAGAUCCCACCAAGUUCUUUGGUCGAACCAGUUUGGCAGGUUUCUGUUGCACUUCCAAGACAUACCUGAGGAAAACCAAAACGAGCUCUCAGAGGUGACCUGAGUACAGCAGCAAGAGACAUUCACAUUUUUGUGUGAGCAUUGUGGUUGUCGGAAUUAUACCCAUGACUGAGGCCUUCUUCUGCUGUCUCCAUAUAAUUUAUAGAUCCUAGAGCAAUUUGGUUUUUUAAAAACACCCGAAAGGAUGGACAUUGAAGUUCUUGUGUGGUGCAUUAGAAAAAUGAACCUAGCAACACCUUGCAGGAAUGCACUGCUGUCCAAGGACUAAAAAAUCAAUAGAAAUCGUUAGGAGUUAAAUUGAUUAGAUCAGAAGUUGCUUGCCCAUCUGGUUCAGGUUACUUCAUCACUGUUUAUGAAAGUGGCUAAGAGCAGCAGUUGUAAUUAGGAAAGCCCAAGGAACAUUCAGCCGCUGUAGUGAGGCUCUGUCCUUCCCCCUCUUGUGUUUUGUGUAGUGAGGGUUAUGCUGGAUCAGAGCCUUUGGCAUGGUAACAGCUAAAGAAGAACUCAGUCCCAUUGCUCCAUAGAAGUAACAGUCUGUACGCUGCCUAGGAAGCAGGAUGAAUAUUGCCCAUACUUGUAGCUAUUGCUAUAUCCUAUUGGUGUAAGACAUGCUUUGCCAAAGGUAAAGUCCUUAUUUCAAAGCAAUUGCUGUAUUCUGUGUUCUUGGUAGUUUUAGGGGGAAGGUAUUCACUGGGGGGCCUUAGCGAAGUGUAUUCUUAUUUUAUUAAUCUGUGACUGUUAGGAGAAGACAGAAGGGAAGGCUGAAGGAAAAAGGAUAAAACUCCUGGGUGCUAGAUCCACCCCCAAAAUUCCUGGGUCUAGUGGGUGAUGGAGUUUAAUCAGUGGUUGGAGUAUUAAAAUGGGCUGCCAGGUGCUGGAUUUAGCAAAGUGUUAAAAUACAGGUGAAACCAGUUUCCCGUUCAGGAAAUUGCCUGGGAGAAGAGCCAUUACGGAGAACAAAAGGAAGGUAAUGGGCGAUUAACAAAGCAAAUACUCUGUGCCAGUAGAUGGGUCUGAGCCCCUCCUUCAAGGGAGAGAUAGUUAGAGACAAAGCAGAGUUGAGUCUUGGGAUUGCAGUUGGGGAUGAUGUGAGAUGGAGGAAAAAUAGUUGAAGGCUGUAAGCAUCAGCAAGCUGGAGAGAAAAGUGGAUGUCUUAAAUGCAGCAAGCUGAGCAGAGUCAGAGCUAUGGGAGAAGCAAGACGCUUUGGAGUGUAAUGCUGGCAGCCCCUCCAUCGCUGGCUCAGGUUGUAUAUGUGUGUAAAUAAACCAUAUAUCAUAAUGAUAGCACAGUUUCCACUGUGCCUCAUUUGCAAAGAAAACAUAAGCCCUGGGUAAGUGCUUGGAAUCCCUGGAAUCUCUCACAACUCAGAGAUUGCAGUGGUGUCUACAGAAAUAUAUUCUUAUUUUAUGAAUAUCUGGCUGUUUAGGAGGAGGCAGAAGUGAGGGCUGAAGGAAAAAAAAAUAAAGCACCCAUAAUUGGGGGGGCGGUGGCGGGCUAAUGGAGAUGUACCAGAGGUGGCCAACAUGGUACCAUCCAAAUAUACUUUGACUACAAGUCCCAUCAUCCCCAGCCAUAAGCCAUAGCUGGGGCUGAUAGGGGUUGUAGUCCAAUAACAUCUUGAGGGGACCACAUUGACUACCCCUCCUAUGAGUUCAAUUAAUAUUGGACUCAUUAUUUGAGUGUGAACCCCUGUGUAGCCAAAAUGAGGAAGGUGUAAGCAAGCACAUGGGAGCUCAGCAUUUGCAGAUUUGCAGCAGUACAACUUACCCCUCAACUGUCCUGGUAAAACCAGGUUAUCCUGGAGGGUUUUUGUGUGAGAGCACGGCAGCCAUUUUGGGCGCCAUGACCUCACACCAUCUCACACUGUAAAAGUGCAAUUUUCAGGGCCGCAAUCUCAGGUGGUGACCCAAAAUGCGCAUUUUUGAGUGCCCUGAAGAAAACACACCUUUUGGGGCUGUGAUCUUGCGUGGGCCAUGUGACUUGUGCACGAGCGUUGCCCCAGAAGACGUGUGCCCUGUUUUUUCACCUCAGCAUUGGGGAGAGUAUGGUAUAACAUGGGGGUGAUCGAAUAUUGGGGAGACAGCCUGAUAAGAACUGAGCAUGCUCAGUAAGCUGGAAUACUGACAGAGAGUUUUGGGGUGGAGAAAGAAAACGGCAAUGAACUGGGAAUAUCCUGAGAGCGGUUAGCAUUCAUUGGCUGGCUGGCACCCUGCACAGACUCUUGGCAUUUUGUUGCAGACCCACUUGCUAUAUAAUAUUUUUCUUGCCUGCCUCGGAUCCCUACAAAAAGGGACUUUGCUUAGCCUUUUUCUUCCUUGCUAGCAUAGCCCCACCCCCUGCAACACCCCCCCCAACUCCCUGUGAAUAAAUAUGACUCAAAAAGCUGCCUUUAGCAUUUCAGUUAUUUCAUAUUUGCCGUGCUUUAAGGAGGAGCGCAGUGUGACUUGUCAAGUCUUCACUGCCCUCGUUCUGAGCAUGAUUUCGCCAACAAAGGAUGCCCUUGCUUGCUGCGUGUGUCUGUGUGUGUCCGUCCCCCGCCUCCGGCUGUAGAGAAGCGUAGCAUUUCUCCGAAUCCGCACGCAAACAAUUUCCACUGGAAUGCAGGCUGGGGCAAUGCAGCCGUACCCAUCUAGAGCAAGGAAAUGAGGUCACUGCUGAAUGAGGGCUGUGUCUCGGAAAUUCAGGCUGGCUGCGCGAAACUCUCGGGACCUGGCGUGGGCAUUCUCCAGCAAACCUCUCCUGGGAGUUUGACUCAACAUGCAGCAACGUGACGGGCUGCCGACAGCUUGACUGGGACUCUGUCGGGCAGGUCUCUUGCAUAAGCUGCCUUGCUAUGUUCUCGGAGAAGCCAGGGAGGAUGGUUCUCUGAUGAGGAGCUGCUUCCCACAUUCAUUUUCUAUGGGUGGCUAACCCGUGGUUAGGGAUACGGGUGGCGCUGUGGGAUAAAGCACAGUGCCUAGGACUUGCCGACCAGAAGGUCGGCGGUUCGAAUCCCCGCGACGGGAUGAGCUCCCGUUGCUCGGUUCCUGCUCCUGCCCACCUAGCAGUUUGAAAGCGCCUCAAAGUGCAAGUAGAUCAAUAGGUACCACUCCGGUGGGAAGGUAAACGGUGUUUCCGUGCGCUGCUCUGGUUUGCCAGAAGCGGCUUAGUCCUGCUGGCCACAUGACCCGGAAGCUGUACACCGGCUCCCUUGGCCAAUAAAGCGAGAUGAGCGCCGCAACCCCAGAGUCGGUCACGACUGGACCUAAUGGUCAGGGGUCCCUUUACCUUUACCUAACCCGUGGUUGCUGGACUGCAGCUCCCAUCACCCCUGACGGUUGGCCAUGUAGACUGAGGUUUUCAGCGACAGAAUAUAGCCAGGUGCCAGGCGCACUUUGUGACUGGCACGGGUCCAACUGCGACCACGUGGAGAUCUCUGGAUGCCAGGCUGGCGACUGGGGAAAGCAAAAUAUCCUUUUGAGAAGGAUCUGAAAUAUUUUCCUUGAAGCUUGACUCUAAUUUAUUCUGGAUGGUUUUAUUUGAUGUUUCAAUGUGUUGUAAACUGCUUUGAGAUCUGUUCUUUAAAAUAUAAAGUGGUACAGAAAUGAAACAACAACAACAACAACAACAACAUUGUUGGAAAAAAGGCACUUAGACAUUCCAUUGUGGCUACCAUAACCGAGGUUUAAGGUGCCAUUUGGCAAUUAGAUUGUAUAUUUGAGUUACUAACACUGGCUGGUGCCGUUCUGUUUUUAAAGUAUCGUAAUUCUUGGUUUUCUUAGGCUUUAUAUAUGUAUAUAAUUUUAAUUUUUUCAAUUUUUAAUUGUUUAUUAAUGCUUGUUUCCCCCGGUUCUUAUCAGCUGUCUUGAGUCCUGUCAGGGGGUAUAUAAAUAAAUACAUUAUUAAAACCUAAAUUCAUUACAACCUUAACAGCUGCCCUACUGGAUCCACCCCAAAAGUCUGCCUAGGCUGUGGUUGUUCAGAUGCAGCUGGACUAAAACUCCCCUCAGACUUGACUCUGGGGCUGAUGGGAAUCUGGAGGGCCACUGGUUCUCCAUCUCUGAAUGGGCCCUCCCAGAAUAUAACAGCCAUGCAGGAGUGCUCAUCUUCCACCUGCAAAUGAGAAACAGUCACCAAAACUCCCCACUAGCAACGUAAUCCUAAUACCACUGAAUUUGUGGGCAGGGCUUUUUUCCAGCCGGAAUGCCCCGGAACUCAGUUCCGGCCCCUUUCAGGUGGGUGCCAUUGCCAUUAUGAGAGGACAAUUCAUGGUGAGUUCUGGCACCUCUUUUUUCUAGAAAAAUAGCACUGUCUGUGGGUAACUGUUUUUUUUAAAUCCAGGUCCUAAAUGCUCGUAAAGCGGGCGCCAGGAGGCUUGCUGUGGAAAGGGAAUUUCCACAAGUGGACAUUGCCACAAGGAAAGCCAUCUCCCUGCUAGCUAACACUCCUAGUCCAAACCUCUGAGCCGACCUAGAUCACAGCCCCUAAUACCCAACUUAAGAUACGGGUAGGUUCCUGCGGGAGCAGGUGGUCCUUCAGAUUUGGGAAAUGAGUUGUGCAUCUUCAUCUCCCUGUGGGAGGGGGCCAUCUGUGAAUCGGUUCUGAAAUUCUUGCGGGCAAGAUGCAGCGAUGAGGAUGGGUAUAUUUUGAGGGCUCAGCCAGUCAGCCGGCAGCCUUUUGCGGAAUGAGGCCAACAGCUGUUGGCCUCCUAAUCAGGAUGAACUUGGUGUUCUAAAAACGGGAAAAAUAUAUCGGCCUUAGUUUUAAGCCUUGGUAUGCCUCUGAUGUGUUUAUGUAACCACAUCACCCUUGAUUUCGGGUUGCGUUUGGGGGGCUGAUGGCAUUAAAUUGCUACUGUCUUAGUGUUACAGGGUUUUGUGCGUGGUGAAAUGUUUUUGCCAGUUUUUGAAAAUGAAAACCAGCUUUGCUUGGCAGAAUGGGAAAUUUGAGCACAGAGGUCACUGGGAUGCUCUCAAAGCAAAGAAUGAGCGAGUCAUUCUUGUAAUUGUUUUGCAUUUUUAAAAUUGUAUAUUGUGUUACUUUGUGUUGUUCUGGGUGGCUCUGAGGCUGCCUCUUGUGGCUAGAAUGCUGUCUAAAAUAGUACGUCUGGCUCAUGUUCAGCUUGGAAUAAACAAAGACCACCUGGACAGCCUUUCUGGAAUCCAAUAGUUUUGGAUUCUGGAAUCCAAAAGAAAUUAAUAACAUAACAAAAACAACAACUGGAAAGUCAAACCAGAAUUAGCUUUAUUAAAUAUAUUUCUAGACAACAAUCUGGAUUCACAUAAUAAAGAAUUAAUAAGCCAUUUAUUACAAAUGACGAGACCCAACAUAACCAGAUACUGUACUGGAAAUGCCUUUCUGGCACAACGAUCGACAACUGACACAAAACAGUUUGGGAAACAGCUCUCCUGGAGAGAUUAACAAAUAAAGUGUGGUUGACACGUGAACAGAUCAAGAAAGAUGGCUUUACCCCUGUGUGAUUUUAUUGCAUAACAUAUGCCAGUACUCCAAAAAAUGAACAACCCUCCGCCUCCCGCAUUUGGCUCAGUCUGCUUGAUCUAAAUUUAAAUUUAAACAUAAAUUAUUAUAUUUGAACCCCGCUUCCAUGUUCAUCAAUACACCAACACUUUACAGGCAAUGACCGUUUUGCACGGGAGUUGAGUUCCUGACCCACACGCAUAUAAACCCACUCUGCCCUCUUAUGCCCUCUCCCCGCCCCCUUUCCCAGCCACUUCCAGGUUGCGGUGAUGUGCGCAUGCACGGUCGUGCGUUCUUUGAACGUGUGCAAAAUGGGAGUUGCCUGUAUAUUGUUUCAUUACUAACAUAAGAGGAAAAAUGAUUAUUGCUCAUACUUAAUUUAAACACAAUCACAAGGGCUCCUGACUGGGCAUUUAGCUUUGCAAUGUUGAGUGUUAUCUGUUAAUUCUGUUCUAUCCUGUUUCCCCUUUGUUUUUGUUUAAAUCAAAUGACAAACCAAGAACCUAUACAUUGACCACUAAUAAUGCACCAUAUGUUGUAGAUAUUGCUGAAAAUUUAUUAUGCUAUUUUUGUUAUGUACAACUGAUGUGAGACUUCAGUGUUUAUUUAUUAUUCCUAUGAUCCUUGUUUAUAAAACCCAAUAAAAAGUUACUAGAUCCUUUCCACUUACAGUUAGGCCAAACUGCAUCCCUCAUCCUGCAGCACUUUUGAUCAUCUUGGUUGCCCUCCUCUGCACACAUUCCAGCUUGUCAACGUCCUUCUUAAAUUAUGCUGCCCAGAACUGGACACAGUAUUCCAGGUGUGGCCUGACCAAGGCAGAAUAGAGUGGUACUAUUACUUCCCUUGAUCUGGAUACUAAACUUCUGUUGAUGCAGCCUAGAAUGGCAUUAACUUUUUUGCUGCUUUAUCACACUGUUGACUCAUGUUAAGCUUGUGAUCCACUAAAACCCUUUCACAUGUACAGUUGUACCUCCGCUUACGUAUCCCUCCGGUUACGUAAACUUCGGGAUACGUAAGCAGCAAACCCGGAAGUAUAUUUCUGGGUUUUGGUCGUGUGCACAUGCGCAGAAGUGGUCUCUCCGGUUACGAAAACCUCAGGAUCUGGCCGGAACACCGGAAUGGAUCCCGUCCGCAACUGGAGGUACCACUGUACUACUAGUAAGCCAGGUGUCCCCGAUCUUAUAUUCUUCCUGCCUAAAUGCAGAACCUUAUAUUUGUCUCUAUCAAUGUCAAGUUUACUGGUUGGUAGUUUCCUGGGUCUUUUUGAAGAUGGGGACAACAUUUGCCCACCUCUAGUCUGUAGGGACCUCCUCUGUUCUCCAAAAAUUCUCCAAGAUCAUAGGCAGAGGCUCUGAGCUUAUAUUCGCUGGCUCCUUUAGUACCCUUGGGUGCAGCUCAUCAGACCCUGGAGAUUUGAUUUAAUUUAUAGAAGUUAGGUGUUCCCUUACCACCUCCUUUCCUAUCUUGGGCUGCAGCUCCCUCCUUACGUCAUUUAUUAUGUUAUCUGCAGGUUGGGCAUUGCUCUCCUUUUGGGAGAAGACAGAGGCAAAAUCAACGCAGGAAUUACAUUUGUAAAACAUAAAAAAAGAAUAUCACACGUUGGUUUUUUUCAGCCUGGUGUCCCAGCCUGUCAAGAGGGUUUUAAAUUUUGGUCCCCUCUAUGCAAAUCUGUUAAGCAUCUCCCCCCCCAUUCCCUCCUCCAAGCAGUUAAUAAAAAAAACCACUGGGCCUGACAACGGAAAUAUCCUCCUGGUGUUUGUGUGAGAAGAAGUGGUCCUGGGUGAUAAAUGCAUGGCAUGACUGGGCAAAGUUCGUACGGUGAAGCAUCUAGGCAGGAAGCUAGCAAUGGGCCAUCUGGAAGAAUAAAGCAAAGGGUUGCCAGCAUAGAGAAUCGAGUUUUGCUGCAAAAGGUGAUGGACUGUGGCAAAGUUUCACAUUGAAAAGGUACUAAAGGGCAAGUCCAUGCUGUACUCCAUACCGUGUGUGUGUACGCACACACACACACACAAUGUUGUUGAUUACAGCAUGUACAAUUAAAAAAAGUAAUACAAAUAAGUGCUUUUAGAAAAGCGCUUGGAAUUUGAAAUGAGGGCAAAAGCUGGCAGAUGGAUUUGCAGUUUGAUCAAAAAGUGGUUUCCUGCGCAUCCAAGGCCACAUUAAAAGCUUGUUUGUGUAAGUAUUCAGAUAGCUCAGAAUGAGGCAGCCUUAAAGUAGCUUUUAGGACAGAAAUGAGUGGCUUUUGGCCCUCCAUAUGUUGCUGGAUUUCAUCAGCCCCAGCCAGCAUGGGCUUGUAGUGUGGGAUAGCAAAAGGUCAAGGCUCUCUCUGCUUUGUGGUGUUGUUUUUGAAUGCGUAAGGUUUUGUGCUGUUGUUUCUGGGGUUUUUUAAAUUUUAAAAUGUGGCCUUGGGUUGGGCUAUUCCUUGGCUAAAUUUGGCUAAAUGGAAGUACCCAAAAGAGAUUCAGUGGGAGCUGCUGGAUGAGGAUACCGCCCCAAACCCAGGCAAUCUGUGUACUGAUUUUACUUGGCUAGAGAUCCAGCAUUGACUCCCUCCCUCUUCGCUGGCUUCCUGCCUGAGAAGGGAGAAAUGAAUCUUCUGUGUCCUGUGGACUUACCUCAGGACCAUCCAAAGUGAAUGGAGUCUUGUUCUUGUUUAACCAUUUCUAAAAAUAUAAGGAGACAGGAAAACGUUCAAUGCAAUGAAUAGGCUUUAGAUUUUAAGGAGAAGAAAGCAAAGCGUCUUCCUUCAGUGCUGGGGAUGAAACGGCAUCCUUCGCCAUAUGUGACAGCAACUGGCUGGCUUAGAUCAUGGGUAGGCAAACUAAGGCCCGGGGGCCGGAUCUGGCCCAAUCGGCUUCUCAGUCCGGCCCGUGGAUGGUCUGGGAAUCAGCGUGUUUUUACAUGAGUAGAAUGGGUGCUUUUAUUUAAAAUGCAUCUCUGGGUUAUUUGUGGGGCGUAGGAAUUCGUUCAUUAUUAUUUUUUCAAAAUAUAGUCUGGCCCCCCACAAGGCCUGAGGGACUGUGGACCGGCCCCCUGUUGAAAAAGUUUGCUGACCCCUGGUAGAUAGAGGGUGCAUGGCAAUCCGCCAUUGGCCCACAGAUCUGUUAUCCAGCACCUAAUCACUUUUCCCCAACGCACAUCAUCUAUUGUCACCUUGAUUAAUGGUAGGGCUGGCCCUUGGAAGAACUGUUGUAGAAUAUGACUUGUGGUGUGGCGGCCAAUGGUAUGGCACUUUCAAGGAUUGUUUGAAUUCUUGCAGGUUAGGAAUAAUAAUAAUAAUAAUAAUAAUAAUAAUAAUAAUAAUAAUAAUUUAUUUAUACCCCGCCCAUCUGACUGGGUCUCCCCUGGCACUCUGGACGGCUUCCAACAAAAUAUUAAAAAUACAAUAAAACAUCAAACAUUAAAAACUUCCCUAAACAGGGCUGUCUUCAGAUGUCUUCUAAAAGUCAGAUAGUUGUUCAUUUCUUUGACAUUUGAUGGGAGGGUGUUCCACAGGGCGGGCGCCACUACCGAGAAGGCCCUCUGCCUGGUUCCCUGUAACUUGGCUUCUCGCAGUGAGGGAACUACCAGAAGGCCCUCAGAGCUGGACCUCAGAGUCCAGGCUGAACGAUUGGGGUGGAGACACUCCUUCAGAGCCAGUGUGGUGUAGUGGUUAAGAGCAGUAGACUCGUAAUCUGGUGAACCAGGUUCGCAUCUCCGCUCCUCCACAUGCAGCUGCUGGGUGACCUUGGGCCAGUCAUACUUCUCUGAAGUCUCUCAACCUCACUCACCUCACAGAGUGUUUGUUGUGGGGGAGGAAGGGAAAGGAGAAUGUUAGCCGCUUUGAGACUCCUUCGGGUAGUGAUAAAGCAGGAUAUCAAAUCCCAACUCCUCCUCCUCCUCUCCUUCUUCUUCAGGUAUCCUGGGCUGAGGCCAUGGGGGGGGGGCUAGGGAGGGCUGCUAUUGGGCAGUGACUGGUGGUCUGACUAGCUAGCAUAGGGGCACCUUUUGUUGUUGGUGUAUUGUUACUCUACCUCCAGCCUUCCUUUGAAGAACGCAGGUUGUGGUUCUCCCUCUUUUUUAUCUUUAUGGCAUACGUUGGAUAGAGAAAUGAUGAUAUUCUCCCCACUGCCAGCUGAGCAAGGAUUUGAAGCCAAGUCUCCCUAGUCCUAGUUGGUUCUCUAGCCCUGGGUAGUCAACAUGGUAUUCUCCUGAUGUUGUGGACUACAACUCCCAUCACCCUGGUUACCUCUAGCAACCCAACCUUUCUGGCUGUUGCAGUCUAUGCAUUUCAGUACCACCACAAUUGGUUCAGCAAUCUGGAAGGCUACAGGUUCACAGCUCCUUCACUAGGUAGUCCUAGGCAAGUCACCAUUGUCACGUUCUCAAGCCCUGCUCUGUAAAAUGAGGAUAACGAUGCUGGACUGCCUUUCUAGGUUGUUGUUAAUGAAUUCCUGAGAAACUGGACAUGAGGCCGUUUGAGCUGUCAUGGAAAAUGCUGCAUAAACGCAAUGUGUGCUUUUACUCUUACGAUUCAUUAUCCAUGCUAACCUUUUCCACCAGGGAGAUCUCAAUGGUUUCUUUGUUCAGAUGUACAUAUCAAAUUGUCAUAUUGGUACAGGAACAAGGCGUGUCUCUCCAUCUCUGCCCACUGCCUUAAUCAGAUUGCCUGGUGAUCAGAUUAAGGCUCUUUGCUUUUCUCUCUAGCGUGCCAAGGUGACGGAUUGUUGGCAGCCAUCUGGAUUUAAGCCUGAUAGAAGUUAUGCUUGAUAUUUGCCCUAUAUAGCCUGAUGCGUACACCUCUUUGCAGCACACUGUGCUCAGAUUGACACGUGUUAGAUGUGCAUGGCUUUGGAAGCAACUUUCGCAGGAGGUUCUUGGCUGGCAGGAUGAUCAGCACUUUGGAACAAGCGUGGGAUCUGUCUCACUGCCACUUUCAUAGGUGCCGCCUAAUGUUCAUUUCACACUUGCAAGGAGUCAACCUUUAGUGUGCAAACACCUACACUAUGGAACUCCCUGCCCAUUUAUAUUAGGCAAGCGCCUUCACGGUAUUGUUUUCAGUGCCUGCUAAAACCCUUUUUCUUCCAGCAAGUCUAUCUUGACAUGCAAUUUAAACAUAUGAUUUUAGUAAGUAUAAGUGUUUUAAGAUAGCUGGUUUUAUUUUCUAUUUUAAAACUUAUAAAUUUAUAAAUAAUUUUAUUAAAUUUUGAAAUUUUAUAUGUGUUGGAAGCCGCCCAAAAUAUCAAACAUUAAAAACUAUACAGGACUGUCUUCAGAUGUCUAUGAAAAGUUAUAUAGUUGUUUAACUCUUUGACAUCUGCUGGGAGGGCAUUGCACGGGGUGGGUGCCACUACCGAGAGGGCCAUCUGCCUCGCUCCCUGCAGUUUCACUUCUUGCAAUGAGGGAACUGCCAGAAGACCCUUGGAGCUGGACCUCAGUGUCUGGGCUGAACACUGGUGGUGGAGAUGCUCCUUCAAGUAUACAGGCCGUUUAGGGCUUUUAAUGGCCUGUGAAGAUGGGUAAAGGUAAAGGUACCCCUGACUGUUAGGUCCAGUCAUGGACGACUCUGGGGUUGCGCGCUCAUCUCGCUUUAUUGGCCGAGGGAGCCAGCGUUUUUCUGCAGAGAGCUUCCGGGUCAUGUGGCCAGCAUGACUAAGCCGCCUCUGGCGAACCAGAGCAGCGCACGGAAACGCCGUUUACCUUCCCGCCAGAGUGGUACCUAUUUAUCUACUUGCACUUUGACGUGCUUUCGAACUGCUAGGUUGACAGGAGCAGGGACUGAACAACAGGAGCUCACCCCAUCGCAGGGAUUCGAACCACCGACCUUUCGACUGGCAAGCCCUAGGCUCAGUGGUUUAGACCACAGCGCCACCCGCGUCCCGUGAAGAUGGGUAUUGGAUCUCAAAACAUAUGGAGGGCACCCUUUGCUCCCCUGGCUCUCAUAGCUAUAGACCAGCAGGUGCUUCGUGUUCCUGAGCUCUUGGCACCCUGCUGUCAGUGCCCUGCCUUGCACAUGUUGGAGAGGGCAUUCUUCUGUCUGCCGGUGAGCAGCUUAAGGAGAUCACCCAAAGGCUGUGGGUCUUGAGGUUGACCUGCCAGGAAUUCUCCUUUUUAAAAGUUGCCAGCUUCCUGAUUCGGAGCUUGUAUACUUGCCGUUGCUUGCCGACACAACGACAGCCUUCAGCAGCUGAGUCCGGCAAGCAAGGAGGCGCCAUGGAGAAUGUCUCUGCUCUGGGCAGGUAAGGCAAACUGCUUGGAAAGCGCCACUAAAAAAAGUCUGUAGUAGGGAGAAGGGGAGUUAGCUGGAGAGCAGGAGGGAUUUGGAUUUCAGAAGGCGCUGGAGGGAGAACUGAAUGGACGAGAGCAGCCCCCAGCUGAAGAUGGGCAUGUUGGCAGCUUCUAAGGAAAAUAAUACUCAUGCACACAACAUUAGUAUUAUUAUUUGCAUGCAGGAUUGUGUGUCCAAAACUUAGGGUUUUUUAAAAUUGAAUUUUCCAGAAAGAUGCAAAUCCAAGAACAGUCAAACAAUACAAAACAAACCACAAUAAAUCAAAACAAUACAUUCUAUUCGUACAUUUAGGGUGGGUUGGGUGGCAGAAGAGCUGGUGGUCCCAGACCCACCCAGUGCUCAGAUGUACAAGCAAAUUAAUCUGUACAUGGAGUUCAUGCAGCGGAGAGAUCCCCAUCUUCCUUGUGCUUAUGGAAGAUCACCUUCUCAUAAGCUGCCCAUCAAGUCAUGUCUUCUGUCCAUUGUGUGACUGCGGGGUGGGAGGAGUGGACCUCUCCUUCCAGUAUUGAAGCAUAUUAGACAUUUAGCCACAAUGAAAGCUAAUUUUAGGCUGCAUACAGGCUGUACCUUUGAAGCACAUUCCCUCAAAGAGUUGUAGUUUAUCUCUCCUGGCCAACCUUAGCAAUCAACAGUGCCUAGCAUUUGUGUGUGUGUGUGCGCGCGCGCGCACGCGCCUCAAAUGUGCCAUAAAGUGUGUACGCAACUCAGAUUGACUCUUGUAUACCCACGUCUUGCGGUUUUGUGCAUAAUUUGUGUAUUAGCCCUUGGGAAGAUACUGCCAGGCUAGCCAGCUCAUGUGUGUGCUUCUCUCUUUGUGUGUGUGGAUGUUGAGGCUUCAUUUUGCCUUGGGGUUACUCAAUGGGCCUCUGUUCUGGAUGGGAGUAUGUAAGGUGAAGGAUGGAUCCUGAACCCUCCUCAAUACACUGCCUCUUCCCUUCCCUGCUUUAUAGCUGUGGAAUCCAGCCUUUGCCCAGACAGGCAAAUCCUUCUCUUUAUCCGCUCUUGAGAAAUCCUAGCUUAAAGUAUGCCUGAGCAAAUCUCUGCCUUGUCUGUUUGAGGCAGAAAAUCCACUUAAGGGAUGUGUGUGUAUGUGUGUCUUUGUCUAAGCAGACAUGGGCAGUUGCUGCUUUGUGGGUUGGGGCUUCAGGAUGGCUUAGAGGGUCAACUUGGCACUUUGAAGGCAGAGGAAAUGAGAGGUUCACAACUCCAAAUCUUGUCUUUAUUUCUGUGAUGUUAGUCUGUAGGGUUUGUGGCGUUGGGGUGAGCUAUUGAGCAGAUGUGUCACACGUAUUGGCCUAAGAAGGACCUGCAACCAUAUCAGCAGUGGCAUAGCAUGGUGGUGGGGGUACGGGGGUGGUUGCCCUGGGUGCAAAAUUGUUAGGGGAUGCAAAAUUUCAACACCUGGUGCUGCCUCAAUACAUCUGCGCACUUCUGGCACUGGGCUCCAUUGAAAACGGCUUCUGCGUGCAAAGCAAGAAGUAACCUCUCCAGACAACAGAACAGCUCUUAUUUUCUUAUCACUGCGGCUGCGAUCACCUGGUUGUUAUGGAUGCCAUUAGGCAGUUGAAUGCACACAUGUACUCCGUCCUUUUCCUCCCUCCCCUCCACACGGUCCCAGGCACUGGCAACCCACGCUAUGCCACUGCAUGUCAGAGUAUUAGUGGAGGCAGGGAUAGAAAAUAGCCAGGCACAUUUUGCAACUGGGGUGGGUCCAAUUGUAAACAAGCGGAGAUCUCUGGGGACUGGGGAAAGCAAAAUGUCAGAGAAGGACCUGAAAUAUUUUCCAUGAAGCUUGAAUUUGUUUUGUUCUAGAUUGUUUUAUUUGAUGUUUUAACGUUUUGUAAACCGCGCUGAGAUUUGUUAUUUAAAAUAUAAAUAACAUAAAGUGGUAUAGAAAUGAAAUCAUCAUCAUCAUCAUCUUCAUUGGAAAAAGGCACCUAGACAUUCCAUUGUGGUGACCAUAAGGCAGGUUUAAGGUGCCACCUGGGUCCUAGAUUGUGUGUGUGUGUGUGUGUAUAGUGGUACCUCGGGUUAAGUACUUAAUUUGUUCUGGAGGUCCGUUCUUAACCUGAAACUGUUCUUAACCUGAAGCAUCACUUUAGCUAAUGGGGCCUCCCGCUGCGCCGCUGCUACACGAUUUCUGUUCUCAUCCUGAAGCAAAGUUCUUAACCCGAGGUACUAUUUCUGGGUUAGCGGAGUCUGUAACCUGAAGCGUAUGUAACUCGAGGUACCACUGUAUGUAUAUGGGGCAAAAGCUAAAUAAUAAUGGUGCUAUAUACACCUUUGUUCAGGAGGGAAUUUUUAGCUUAGGGGCUGCCACAGAGAAAGCCCUCUCCUGAACCAUCACCACCCAUAACUUCUGAGGGUGGUGGAAUUACUAAGAGGGCCUGUCUCUGAUCUCAACUCCAGAGGUUAUUUAGGGAAGAAAGCAGACUUUUGGAAAUCUGGGGCUUUAAACACUCAAGCGAAUUGAAUUGGAGCCAGAAACAAGCUGGCAACCAGUGAUGUCUAAAGUUGCCCCCCUCCCCAACAUCACCCCCGUCUUGUCUGGGUUCAGCUUCAGCCUGUUCGCCUUCCCUCACUUUCAUUUGACUGCACUCCCAAGCUAGGAGUUACUGGCACAGUGUGCAAAGAAUAAAGGCUGUUCUUAAUAGUAUUUCUUGUUUAUAUAGCACCAGUGAUGUGUCUGUGCUUCAUAGAGUGAUAGAAGGAGAAGACUGGUUCAUGGAGUAUUUACACCCUGACAGACCCUUAGGAUAAUGCGCCCUUCCCUUUUGUUGCACACCUUUCAGGCAGAGGUCCUCAAUUUAAAGCUCUGUGUCCAAGCGCUUUCCCCCCUUCAAAAACCUGCUCUUUAAAGCUGAAGCACAACAAAUAGCAAGAAGAAGAAGAGGAGGAGGAGGAGGAGGAGAGGAGUGCUUGGACACAGAGCUUUAAAGCUUAGAAAAUGCCUGGAAAGUUUGGAGAAGAGGUAAGUAGGUGUGUCAUGUUCCACAGAAUGAGAAGCACACGCCAAAAGGAAGUGUAUUAUUGCAGCAGUCCAUGUUCAGAGUGCCUGAAGGAAACGGUUGAAAUUUUGCAAUGCUAUCCCAAGUGCAGAGAAGAGAAAACAGAAAGUAAAAUGACCGUUAUGUGGUCUGGGCCAUUGCUUAAUCAGUGAAGUUGAAUGCUUUUGUUCUUUUUUUAAAAAAAACAAAGCACCAGGAAGUGGCUGCACUUAACUGGAUUAUAACCCAAGGGGUGGAGUGGCCCCGUUGCGUGGUGCUCUCGCUCUCAACAAUGUCCGUCCCCUGGAAACGCAUUCCUGUGCCAACGCUGGAGUGCCAAACAUAACAUCCAAAAAUAAAUGCAACAGUCAGGCUACACAAGAGGUUGACUUUCCCCCUCUGAAGCCAAUUCCGUCUUUCCUUCCUACCUCACAAGGUCAUGUGUUGUUCUUUAAUGUGUGUGUGUCUGUGUACACACACACACACACACACACACACACACACACACACACACAGAGUUCCUAAGGACUCCUAUCUUGCUUCAAUUCUGUCCUCACAAUGACCCUGUAAGGCUGGUUAGGUGAAGGUCAAGGUGAGUUGCCCAACAGCUUUGUGGCUCAAGACAGACCAUAGCCAGCUGCUAUUUAUCCACAGAAUUCUGUCUGUUUUGUCCAUAGUUAAGCUGCCAUUUGUCCAGGCUUGCCUGCUCUGACUGGCAGGGCUACCUCUACCUGUGCAACUGCAAGGGAACAGCCAGAGCACCAGGCAACAAAAUGCAACCAGAGUGUGUGUGGAGACAGCUUGGGCACCCAUAGUGGCAUGCACUGGAGGCCUAUGUGAGCUGCCUGUGAACCACAGGCAGCCCAUCUGUGCCUUAGGAUCUCAGGCACAGAGGUCCAUAGCACCUGCUCUGCAGGCAGAAGGCCCAGCUUCGACACAUGACACCUCCAGGUGUCUCCUGCCUGAAACUACACAGCUGCCAGUCAGUGUAGACCAGGGGUCGGCAAGGUUUACCUCGCCUGGGCCAGUUCACUCCAGCGGAAAUCCUCCCGUGGGCCGGAUUGCGCACCUGCCUGUGAUUUCCCACAUCUGCGUCCAUGCAGACACGAUUUUUGGCACCUGCGCAUGUGCAGAUGCAAUUUCCAGCACCACAGAAGCGAGUCCCCAUGCCGCUCCGUGCCGGUUUAGCGCAGCUCACGGGGACUAGCUGAGCAGGCGGCUCGGUUUGGGGGCAGCUUGUGGGCCACUUAAACGACCCCCGAGGGCCGCUUGUGGCCCAUGGGCAUUAGGUUGCCGACCCCUGGUGAAGACAAUAAUGGUUUCAACCUGUGGGUCCCCAGAUGUUGUUGGACUACAACUCCCAUCAUCCCUGAGCUCUGGCGUUGCUAGCUAGGGGUAAUGGGAGUUGUAGUUCAACAACAUCUGGGGACCCACAGGUUGAGAAAGGCUGAGCUAGAUGGACCAGUGGCCUGGCUCAGUAUAAGGCAGCUUUCUAUGUUCUUCUUUGACUUUCAACCUCAGUCCUGGUGCUGGCGCACGUCAUCCAUGGGCAGCUGGGCCUCAGCAUCCAUACGUUGCUUGCUAUCUCUUCCUUUUGCUUUCUACUUAAGGUGUUGGAAGGUGUUAGCUCAGUCAGUAGAGCGUGAAACGCUUAAUCUCAUGGUCGUGGGUUUGAGCCCCAUGUUGGGCAGGAGGAUUCCUGCAUCGCAGGGGGCUGGACUGGAUGACCUUCGUGAUCCCUCCCAACUCUGCAAUUCUGUAGGCUUGGAUCUGAUGUGCCCCAGCUAGCUUCUAGGCGGAGCCACCAAUGCCUAAUAGAGUGAACUUCCCAUCACCUGCUUUCCCAUCACUGUGGCCUUGUUCCUGUAAACAGUAGUAAGUCAGGUGUUCUCUGAUAAGCUAUGCAAACAUCUGUGCCAUUGGGGAGAGAGGCUUCACGGAGGAAGCGUUUGGAUGGUGGUUGUGGGGAGGAAACUAGGCAUUUCACACAUCUUCUUGUUAGUACUUCUUGAGUAAUGUAUGAAUGGUUCACCCUACUAUAGUGAGAUGCGGAAAGCCUGCCCUUGUUUGCAGCACAAGUCCCAUCUUGGCCUGGAAGCUGUGAUUUCAUGCUUACAUGAACGAGAGAAGGCCCAGCAUGUCUCUGGACCUUCUGGAGAGACUGCCUCCUUUCCCAGUUGCUAAAACGCCUUGCUCGGAUGUUUGCCUAGGACAGGUAUGGUGAACCUUUGACCCUCCCAGUGUGGCUGAACUAGACAGCUCCCAUCAGCUCUAGCAAACAUGGCCAAUGACCAGGGAUGAUGGUUCAGCAACAUCUUGAGUUCAAAGGUCUACCACACCUAGCUUCAUAGCUGCCUGGGGAUUUGCACUGUUCAUGCUUUUGGACUUCCUCCCCCUUUCCCUGCUUCUACUCAAAGUCUCUGAAGUGCUGUCCUUUUGAUCCCCAGGGCCAUAUCCUGGCAGGGCGGAUGAAGCGAGUCCAGUUGGUGCAUUCCUUUCCCAGUCUCAACAUCUCCAGGGCGAGCUGAACUGCUCCUGCUGCCUUGGCCCUGGGAAUGGCUAAAAGUAGCAACAAAGCUGACACAGAAAUAGCUCCAAGAUUUCCAAGAAAACAGUGGCGUGCUUGAGAUCAAAAGAUUUCUCUCUCUCUCUCACUCUAUUUCUCUCUCUCCUCCCCCCACUCCCCCUUUAUAAACCUCUCUUCAGAUUGUUCUUGAUAGAGAAGUAUCUUGCAUUGCAUUGCCCUGGCUUUGAAACAGUGCAGUGUCUGGAAAACAAUCAACUUGGGGGUUUGGAGUAAGGAAGGUGGCAUGUUGUUGAGUUAAACCAUGAUUUGCUGGUCCAAGUCUCCAAACCUGGUUACUGCAUCUGCUGCUCGUGGUGCAUUGCACACUGGUGUCUUGGUCCUGGGUGCCAUGUGCCUGGGAUGGACGCAGCCAUGGCCAUCACAAUGUGCACUGGCUGAGAAUGAGGCUGAGUGAUGCUUAAUAAUAAUAAUAAUAAUAAUAAUAAUAAUAAUUUAUUAUUUAUACCCCGCCCAUCUGGCUGGGUUUCCCCAGCCACUCUGGGUGUCUCCCAACAGAAUAAUAAUAAUAAUAAUAAUAAAGCGAUCAAACAUUAAAAACUUCCCUAAACAGGCCUGCCUUCAGAUGUCUUCUAAAAGUUUGAUAGUUAUUUUUCUCUUUGACAUCUGGUGGGAGGGCGUUCCACAGGGCGGGCACCACUACCGAGAAGGCCUUCUUCCUGGUUCCCUGUAACCUCACUUCUCGCAGUGAAGGAACCACCAGAAGGCCCUCGGCGCUGGAUCUCAGUCAUGGGGGCAGAGACGCUCCUUCAGGUCUACUGGGCUGAGGCCAUUGAGGUCUUUCAAGGUCAGCACCAACACUUUGACUUGUGCUUGGAAACGUACUGGGAGCCAAUGUAGGUCUUUCAGGACUGGUAUUAUAUGGUCUCGGCAGCCACUCCCAGUCACCAGUCUAGCUGCCACAUUCUGGAUUAGUUGCAGUUUCCAAGUCACCUUCAAAGAUAGCCCCACGUAGAGUGCAUUGCAGUAGUCCAAGUGGGAGAUAACUAGAGCAUGCACAACUCUGGCGAGACAGCCUCUGGGCUUGAGCUUCAGGCCUUUUGGAGGAAGUAAUUUGACUCAGGGGUAGAGCAUCUUCUUUGCAUGUAGAAAGACCCAGGUUCCAUCUUCAUCCAUCUCCAGGUAGGGCUGGGAGAAAGCCCUGUCUGAAAUCCUGGAGAGCUGUUUCCCGUUCAUCUAGGCAAGACUUAACCGAGAUGGACCAUUGGUUCUGAUUCUGUAGAAGACAGCUUCCUAGGCUCCCCAUAUUUGCCUGCGUGGGGCUGUUUUGUUCUCCUUCCGCACGAGUGAACAAGCCAGGAAGUCACAGUUAGCCAUCGCUUCCCCAUUGUGUCCAAACUAAGGAACCAAAGUUAACGGCUUCCAAGCAAGCCAGGAUGCAGAAGCCAACUUUCAACCACAGUGUCACAAUUUGGUUGGAAUGGGAAGGUACGGUUAACAGCAACGAUCUUGCUUGUUUUGCUCAGUUGCGCAAAGUGCCUUUGUGCAGGUGCCUGAAGCUCAGGCACAUUUCAGUUCCUCAGAGCCAAGAUUUGAUUGCCUAAACAUGUUGUGAGUUGUGGGGGAAGGUGGGAAGUAAUGAUGAUAGAUGAAGCAGUGAAGGACAAAGAGGAGGACCUGUAGGAAACCUGCUCUGCUGAGCCACACUUAUCAAGAAGAAGAAGAAGAAGAGUUUGGAUUUGAUAUCCCGCCUUUCACUCCCUUUAAGGAGUCUCAAAGCGGCUAACAUUCUCCUUUCCUUUCCUCCCCCACAACAAACACUCUGUGAGGUGAGUGGGGCUGAGAGACUUCAAAGAAGUGUGACUGGCCCAAGGUCACCCAGCAGCUGCAUGUGGAGGAGUGGAGACUCGAACCCGGUUCCCCAGAUUACGAGACUACCGCUCUUAACCACUACACCACACUGGCUCUCAAGGAUGUGCUAAAGCUUCACUUUUAAAAUGUUGCUUGGCUGUGCUUGAUUCUCAUGCCAAUAAGUACAGCAGGUUGGGUUCUUCAGAAUGUCCCCACUCAAGCUCUCUGUUUUGUGUGCUCCACAGCGCCACCUUCCUACCUUUGUUGGACAUUGCAGCUCUGGCCUUUUACUGUGCGUUUUGCCUGACCACAAGAGAAAGAAAAAAUUGGUAGCUGCGACAAAAUGUUGUAGCAUGGAGUACUCCUGUUCCUGAUUCCACCCAGAAUCUGCCUUUCCAUGCCUUAACUGGACUGUUUUAAAGGUAAAGGGACCCCUGACCAUUAGGUCCAGUUGUGGCCAACUCUGGGGUUGCGGCGCUCAUCUUCCUUUAUUGGCCGAGGGAGCCGGCGUACAGCUUCCGGGUCAUGUGGCCAGCAUGACUAAGCCACCUCUGGCGAAGCAGAGCAGCGCACGGAAACACCGUUUACCUUCCCGCUGGAGUGGUACCUAUUUAUCUACUUGCACUUUGAUGUGCUUUCGAACUGCUAGGUUGGCAGGAGCAGGGACCAAGCAAUGGGAGCUCACCCCAUUGCGGGGAUUCGAACCACUGACCUUCUGAUCGGCAAGUCCUAGGCUCUGGUUUAACCCACAGCGCCACCUGUGUCCCUAGGACACUGUUUUAGUGUCCCCAUUUAUUGUGCCACCAGGUAUUUUAUUUGUGUACUUCUGGAAACGUUUGGGUUUCUUCAAACCUGCCGAUACUGAUCCCUGACAUAUGAAUGAUGCCAUCUUGCUUUUGAAGGAUGAAAUCUUGGAGAAUGAGUUUGCUAGAUGGUUUUUAUUUUUAAAGCAAGAUGCCUAAAUCAGUCUCUCUACCUCACCUCUAUGCCACCUUUCAUUGUCUUCCUUUGUUUAUUAGACAAAGUGCUAAUUCAUACGACAAAACGCUACCUGGUUAAUUAAAUUCACAAAAUCUGUGAUUAGUCUAGAUGCGUGUGUGUGUGCGGUCCAUCAUUUCUCCUCCAGAAUCUCUGGUUCAGUAUUAACCUGCUGAAAGAAUAUAUAGUAAUCUUGGCUAAAACAUUCCCUCACUCCCUUAUAUGUACUUGACCUAGUUUGAAGUUCGACAAAGAGAGAAAGUGAGAGAGAGAAAGAGAAGGUGAUAAGAAAAGAAGUAUUGGGAUGAAUGUAUCAUAUGAGGACAAUUCAAGGAGGUUAUACGGGGCAAGCUUUUCAGCAGCUACGAACUUCAUUAUGGCUUUUUGCUGCUGCCUUGCAAGAUUUUAUCUUUCUUUCAGCUUAGUGGCAGAGUACAUGCUCUGCCUGGAGGAGCCCCCAGUUCUAAUCCCAGGUAUCUCCAGUUAAGAUAACCAGGGAGCAGGUGAUGGGAAGGACCGUUCUCUGCCCAGGAACUUGGAGAGCGGCUGCCAGCCAGAGCAGACAACACUGGGCUAGGUGGGCACAUCGUCUGACCUGCUAUAAAGCAGCUUCCAAUGUCUCAGCAACACAGGAAUGUGGGAGAGCUGUCUUGUACUGAGGCAGACCAUGGCUCCAUCUCUCUGAGUAUUGUCUACACUGACGGGCAGCUGCCAGGGACUGAAGCUGGGUCGUUCUGCAUGCAAAGCUACACCCCUAUCCCAAUAGCAAGGUGGAUAUAUGAAGCUCAAUAUAUCUCAUAAAAGCCUAAUAUAUCUCAUAAAAUCAUAGAGUUGAAAGGGACGCUGUGGAUCAUAGUCCAUGGGUAGGCAAACUAAGGCCCGGGGGCCGGAUCUGGCCCAGUCACCUUCUAAAUCUGGCCCACAGACGGUUUGGGAAUCAGCGUGUUUUUACAUGAUAGAAUGUGUCCUUUUAUUUAAAAUGCAUCUCUGGGUUAUUUGUGGGGCAUAGGAAUUUGUUCAUUCCCCCCCAAAAAAUAUAGCCCGGCCCUCCACAAGGUCUGAGGCACAGUGGACCGGCCCCCUGCUGAAAAAGCUUGCUGACCCCUGAUCUAGUCCAACCCCUGCAAGGCAGGAAUAUGCAGCUGUCCCUUACGGGGAUCGAACCUGCAACCUUCGUGUUAUCAGCAUGCCUUAUUUAUUUCCUGCAUCUCAUCCAAGUUGCACAGAGAGCGCUGUUCUAGCCUCACCACAACCUUGCAAAGUAGGUUAGGCUAAGAGAUCUGUUAUAAGUUUGUGCAAAACUAACCUUUAGCAACGGUGCCAUGCUGCGUCUCCUUUCCCCCUUAAGGGCUGCCUCCUCCGCUAUGCCCUGCUGCCAAACCCUGAGAUCAAUUGGGGGCGCCCCCAUGUGCCACGUUCAGAGAACAGUACUGCUGCUGUGUAUUGUUGCUCACUCCCCUCUCGACAAUAGGAGCCAUGGUUUUCAGCAGCGGCUGUAAAUCAAUAGAAGAGUUGGCCGCAGUCCCUAGAGGUUUUUAAUCUAUUUUUAUUAUUGCUUAGAUAGCACCUAAGGACCUGCGGUUGCGUCAGUCCGCUCACAUGCUUUGUACCUGAAAAUACUUAAAAUAGCUUUGCCGGCCUCUGCCCCUUCCCGUUCCCUGUCUGCUUUUCUUUUGCCAGCUUUGGCUAGUCAGGCCACCUGGGAGAUUUUGGCCACAGCAGUGCAGAUGUUGGGAACUUCAAGACUGGCUUACUGAAAUGCACUUCUGUGGAUUCUGUGGAAAUGUUAGUUAGUACAGAAUUCUGCAGCACGGUUGCUGACCAGAGUGAGGUCCUGUUGGCGUAUUGCACCUCUGCUCAAACAUCUGCGUUGGCUGCCAUUUUGAUACCAGGACAGGUAUUGGACUAUAAAGGUUUUAUUAUUGGUAAAUAAAACCCUUUAAGUUUACUUAAAGGAUUGCCUUGCCCCAUAUGUUCCUACAUGAUGGCUUCAAUCAGCAGAAUUUGCACUCUAGUAAUGUUUGUUCCACAACUGGGAAUAGUUUUAUUUUAUUGCACUUUGAAACUUCGUUUAGAUUUUUUUUUAAAUUAAAUGGUUUAUAAAUGUUUCAAAUGAAAACAAACAAAAUAUAAAUAAAAUUAAAAAUUAAAAAUAGUAGUCAAAGCACCUAAUAAGGGCACUGACUUUGUGAUUUCUUAUGUCUUGUUUCCAGUGCUCCUAAUCCUGACCUUUAUUCCAUGCGUUAAGGCUGCAAUCCUCAGCCUACUUACUUGGGAGUAGAUUCCAUUGAACUCAUCAAGGUGUCCUUCCGAGUUGACCUGUAUAGGACUGCACUGCAAGCCUCUUCCCCUUUCUAGCAGUUCCUACCUCAUUCAUUUCAUAUUUGGGGAUUGAGAACUGACCUGCUAGAACCCCAGUAAUUUGCAUACUGGUGAGAUGUAGCUGUAAAAGUGAUUAAACUGAGCUGGUUUCCUCUGAAGCAAUAUGUAUUAGUCAGUCGGCCAUAGCAGGUUUCUUGCUUUAAAAAUAAAUAUUUAAUAGAUUAUUUAGUUCGUGAUCUGAUCAUGCAUAUUCAGCAACAUUUACUAUCUCCAUCUACUAACUGGGGUGUGUGUAGGUAAGGUAAAGGGACCCCUGACCAUUAGGUCCAGUCGCGGACGACUCUGGGGUUGUGGUGCUCAUCUUGCUUUAUUGGCUGAAGGAGCCGGCGUACAGCUUCUGGGUCAUGUGGCCAGCAGGACUAAGCCGCUUCUGGCGAACCAGAGCAGUGCACGGAAACGCCAUUUACCUUCCCGCCGGAGCAGUACCUAUUUAUCUACUUGCACUUUGACGUGCUUUCGAACUGCUAGGUUGGCAGGAGCUGGGACAGAGCAACGGGAGCUCACCCCAUCGCGGGGAUUUGAACCUUCUGAUCGGCAAGUCCUAGGCUCUGUGGUAAUUGUAGUUUUGGGGGCUGCCCUGUUAGAUGGCAAAAUUUAUUUCUUCACUUGCUUCAGAAUGGGGUCAGCUCAGUCCUGCUGCUGCUGCGUUUAGAGCCUCGCUGCUCAUUCUCCUGAGUUGGAGUGGGUGGGGUGGAUUUCUGCCCCCCCCAAACCUUGCUCUAUGAUCACCGUUCUGCCUAUCUGUGUGUGCAUGCAUGUUCGCAUGAGUGCAGACAUGAAAGGAAAUAAUUUUGAACCUAGACAGCCCAUGGACCAGCUCGAAGUUGCUCACAGUUGUGCAUAACGGCAGCGGGGCACACUGCCAGCACACUGACCGCGUUCCUUCCUGAGCAACUUUCUGAGGGCCGCAAGCCAGUGGCGCGUGGGGCCAAAGAGCAAAGUUGGCAGAAUAAUGAGAGUGAAUUUUAGCUUUGUUGAAUAUAGGCUAGUUUCUGCACAGACACACACAUGACCCCUCUCGGUCUUCAGUCCAGCCAAGCAAGAAGCAUCAUGAGAGACAUUCUAGCCAGGUGAAAAUACUGGCCUGGGGAAAUAGGGAGGUUAGGGGGAACUUUUGGCCCCUGGGGCUGAGACCCCCCAUCUGUAGGGUAUAGUAAUGACCAAGCAGAUGAACUACUUAGCUUGUAUCUCUGAAGGAGAAGCGGAAGUAUUUCCUCACUGGUCCUUACUCAAUUCAAAAUGCAAAUAUAUGUAUUUAUAGUUGUAAAUGUGAUUCUGGAGCUUCAGGGGUCAGUGGGUGGAGGGAGUUUUUGAACAGAGAAACAGCCAGCAAGGCAAAGGUUGACACCUCCCCUGCUCCUCAUAGCUGUCAACUUUUCCGUUUUCUUGUGAGGAAUCCUAUUCGGAAUAAGGGAAUUUCCUUAAAAAAAGGGAAACGUUGACAGCUAUGCUGCUCCGCAACCCGCCACUCCCCCCACCUCUUCUGCUCAAAAUUACCAUCAACCGCUUUUCAUUUACACUCACCUGAGUACAUUUUUAAAUAAAUAAAUAAAUAAAACUUUAGAAAGGAUCAACUUGCAGUCCUAUAUCUACAUAGCUAGGAGCAAACGCCAUUGAACUGAAUGGGACUUGCUGAGUAGCUGUCGGAAGAGGCUUGCAACCCAGUUCUAAUCAAGGACAAAAGAAAGGUGUGUCUAUUGGUUGGGUUAAAGAUGUACUAGCAAACCAUAAUUUUCCUAUAAAAUAAAAGGAAUAAAUAAAGGUGUGUGUAUUUCUUGGGUUAAAGAUAUACUAGAAUCCACCACAAUUGCCCCUAUGAAUUGUUAACACCCAGAGCAGCUUGGAAUGGCAGGGACAGUGACUUGAAGUUCAAGUGCAUGCAUGCGCUAGAGGUGAAUUUGCAGCCGCUCAGGUCUCUUAGCUUCUUGGGAUGUUAAAGAAGGCGCCCCUUAAACUCUCCCCCUCAGAAGCAAAAUAGGGGCAGUAAUUUUCUAGGGUCCAACAGUUUGACCCAUGCAGCAUCUUCCUACCCUGAAGCAUUGCGUGGGAACCAACUGGAAGCAGCUUCCCAUGCUAUGGGGAUCAUAUUAGUCAGCCCUUGGAUUGCCAGUUUUUGCUCUUUCUUUGUUUUUUGAGAGGGAGAAAGGCUCUUCUUCUGCCUUGUGAGCUGCAGGACGUGUUGAAAUCCAGCAGUUUGAUGCUUUAUAGCCCAGCUACUUGGGAUUGCUUGUGUGAUGGCAUGCUUCUUCCAAGCUUCUCCUAAGCAUCUACACCAGGCAUAGACAAACUCGGCCCUCCAGAUGUUUUGGGACUACAACUCCCAUUAUCCCUGACCACUGGUCCUGUUAGCUAGGGGUGAUGGGAGUUGUAGCCCCAAAAGAUAUGGAGGGCCGAGUUUGCCUAUGCCUGAUCUACACUCUAAUUCUACUUGUGACUAAGCUUGCUUUAUUCAGACUGUUGGUCUGCACCGGGGGGAGGGGGGGCGGUCACCAGCCUUUUUGGACCAGCAGGUACACUUCGAAUACACUGCGCAGCACUCCCUCUCGCUGUUCUGGCUUCUGGGAUAGCCUCGCAGCCUGUAUUCGCUCCAUAAGACGCACACACAUUUCCCCUUACUUUUCAGGAGGGGAAAAGUGCGUCUUACAGAGAGAAAAAUAUGGUAGCUCAGGUUAAGAAGUUUGCUUCAGAAUGAGAACAGAAAUCGCGCGGUGGCGAUUUAGUCCCCAUUGGCUAAAGUGGUACCUCAGGUUAAGAACGGUUUCAGGUUAAGAACGGACCUCUGGAACGAAUUAAGUUCUUAACCAGAGGUACCACUGUACUUUGGCAUGGAACCCGUGGGCCGCACACUGCCUUGUACAUUGGGGGGGGGGAGACAAAAAAUUGAAGCCCCCACCCCAGCCCUCCUUCUGCCUUCACAAAGCGAGGCUCUGGCAGAGUCCUAGAGCUGUCCCGCCUCCUUCCAAAAAUUGGGAAAGUACGAAGGAGGCUUUGGGAAGGAGACAGGAGGACUCUAGGACCCUGUCAGAGCCCUCAGUCCUGCUUGCCAAACCCAGCGCCAAGUUUGGGGGGGGGCAUCAAAAGUUGCCUAGGGCUGCCAGAAAAGGCCUUGAGGGGCCGCAUGUGGCCCUUCAUGUUGGAGCACUCUGCCCCAGAUUGUAAACUACUUGAGGUAGAGAUUUGUCCUUUUGGACUUUGGGGAUUGUAAGAACAUAGGUCUGUGCCUCUCUAGGUGCCUAUAGUCUGAAAUUCAACACAAGGGAAAUCGCAAGAGGAGGUGGGAGAAAAUGGACCUGGGGAUUUCAAGUGCCAUGCACACCGAUGGCUCAAUAUGAAUGAAAAAGAAACGAAAAGCGGUGUUUUGGGACCAGGGCCUACAUAAUCUUUUCUGUGUUAACAUAGAAAUCAGUGCCCCACUUCUGUGAAACGAUAUCCUAUUUGCGUCAGCGGAAAAUCCCUCAGACCUCUGAUAUGCUCUGGCAUGCUGGGGUGUGUAUGUGUGUAAAAUCCGCACUCUUUAUUUAAAAUAAACAAGUUUUAAAGCUUGCUGUGGUGUGCUUUGCAUGGGGCUGCCUUUGGAACCCAUCCAGAAGCAUCAGCCAGAACAAAAAGCAGCAGCUAAGCUUUUGAUGGGUGUAGGGUGGGGAAGGGCACUUCUUGUUGGGCAUGCCAAAUAAAUAAUAAUAAUAAUAAUAAUAAUAGUAGUAGUAGUAGUAGUAUUAAUAGUAUUAUACCCCACCCACCUGAUUGGGUUGCCCCAGCCACUCUGGACAGCUUCCAACACACACAAAAACAUAAUAUAACAUCAAACGUUAAAAACUUCUAUCCCCUAAAUGCCUUUAUAAUCCUACCUUGUCAGUGAUGUCAUCUGUGGAAACCUUCCUGUGGGUUCUGCCACCAGCUGCAAUGAGUGUGUGUGAGUUUGUGUGGUUCCUGGCCUUUGGAACCCCCUGCCACAGGACACCUGUGUGUCUCCCUCUCUGAUCUUAUCCUACUGCCAAGUGAAAAGAGUUUUCUUUUCCAGCAGGCUUUUAUUCUGAGCUCCGUUAACUUUACCUGACUCUCCUUUGUUCUAGUUUAUAACCUUGUUCUAGUUUAUACCUGCUCCUUCCUUUUGUUUGACUCCUUUAUGACCAUCUUUGCAUCGUGCUGGGUUAGCCGUGUGAUUUUUCAUUCCAAAAUUGGAAAGGCAGUGGGGGGAGAUGAAAAAACUAAAACCCUGGGAAAUCCAGAAUUUGAUUUCCAAAUGUUGCAAGGUGAUGGAGUACUGAUUACCCAGGAAGCAGUCUCCAAUUUGGAAAAAGCGGAAGCAAGGGCAGAAGUUUGCACCUUUUAAAACCUUUAUCUCUUAUCUUAAAUCUGUUUAUAACCUAACACCUGUAUUUGCACUGCCUCACUGGUUGCAGAUAAAAGGUAGACUUGGGGAAAGAAAUAGGUCCUCUACUUCCGUUGAUGAAAACCUGUUUAGUGUGUAAGAAUUUAACAAUCCAAGUACAGUGGUACCUUGGUUCUCAAACUUAAUCUGUUCUGGAAGGCCAUUCCAAAACCAAAGCGUUCCAAAACCAAGACGUGCUUUCCCAUAGAAAGUAAUGCAAAACGGAUUAAUCCGUUCCAGACUUUUAAAAACAACCCCUAAAACAGCAACUUAACAAGAAUUUUACUAUUUAACAAGACCAUUGAUCCAUAAAAUGAAAGCAAUAAUCAAUGUACUGUACUAUAAAAUAAAUAAGGCAGUAUUGUAGGUGAUAAAAAUUAAAAAUAAUUUUUUUUCUUACCUGCACUGAUGAUAGUCAUUGUUUAGAUUGGGGGGGGUUAUCCAUUUCCGCAGUCACACAAUCAGUCAAUCAAUCAAUCAAUCAAUCAAUCAAUAGCAGAGCUGGGUUCCACACAGUCACAAAAACAAAUCAACCAAAAAAGCCUCAAAAACGCAAAAUAAAUAACAAAAACAAAAGCGCCAAACUUAAUCUGUUCCAGAAGUCUGUUUUACUUCCAAAAUGUUCAAAAACCAAGGCACUGAUUGGUGCAGGCGCCCCGGAAACAAUAGCCGACAGCUGCAUCGGAUGUUCAGCUUCCGAAACAUGGUUGAAAACCGGAGCACUUACUUCCGGGUUUUCGGCGUUUGGGAACCAAGGCGUUUGAGUACCAAGGUGUUUGAGAACCAAGAUCCACUGCAGGUGGGUUGUGUCCUCAGAGGUGCCCUACACACCAAAAGGGAAAGGGAUUGCUGGUUUAUUGACUGCAGGUCAUGUUUGAGGUGACUUGUAGUUUGCAACCUGUCUUAGAUGGAGAUGAAGAGUCAGGUGUGCAGCCUGGAAGUCAGUGCCCCCGGAUUCGCUGCUCUUGAUGGAGAGGAACUUGGAUGGAGUGGCCAGGAAGACUUUUUACCAGCUUCGCUGGCUUACCAGCUACAGCCCUCUCUUGAGGAAGGCCUUAUCCAUUCUUCUGCUUGUCCUGCCACUUUCCCCCAGGGAAACCCGAUCUUACCUCUGAAUCAGGUUUUUAUGGAUUGACGUUUGCUCUGAAUCAGCAACAAAGAGCAGAUUUUCUUGGGGGAAAUGGUGAGGCAAAUGAAAAACCUGCUCAGACUUGUGCUUUUCUGAAGACGGUUCAGAAACUUCAGUUGGUACAGAAUGUGCAGCAGGAAUGCCAAUAGGGGCCGACAGAGAGCCUAGACCAGGGGUCAGCAAACGUUUUCAGCAGGGGGCCGGUCCACUGUCCCUCAGAUCUUGUGGGGGGCCGGACUAUAUGGGGGAGGGAUGAACGAAUUCCUAUGCCCCACAAAUAACCCAGAGAUGCAUUUUAAAUAAAAGCACAUAUUCUACUCAUGUAAAAACACGCUGAUUCCUGGACCACCUGCGGGCCGGAUUUAGAAGGCGAUUGGGCCGGAUCUGGCCCCCAUGGCCUAGAUGGAAUGUGGCCCCUGAACUGAAAAAGGUUCCCCAUAUACAUAUUUUUAAAGUUUCCUGAUUUUGGGGACAAAGCUGAGUUGGGGGCAGAUAAGGAAGUGGGAACCACCUUCAGGAGUCUCUGUCUGACUCUGCUCGCCAUGGACCAUGGGCAGUAGAGUCCACCUUCCUAUCUCCCCGUUUUGCUCCGUGGAAGUUUUUCCUGGGUCUCCAACACAAGACAAAAGCUCUUUGACAGCUCUUCCUGGCACCAUGCCUGGCUCCUACUGCAGGCUGCGCCUUGCUGUUUGGUUUUCUGGGGCCCUCUUCACUGUUUAGCCUCUCUUAUCUCGAAUGGUUUGUCUAUUUUGGGCAAUUCCUUGCCCUCUUGCAGAGUGUGAGUUGCAGCUCUUUCAAGGCAGCUUUGCCAGUCUCUCCUGUGGGAUAACCUUUUGGCCCAACUGCUGUUUGCUUUGGGUUUUUCAAAAGCCUCUUGCUGACCUGGUUAACUGAUAAUCCAGGCUAUUGCGAGAGAGAUAAAGAGAUGCAGGCAGCAGCAGCACUGUUACUCCAGGACUUAAGCAGCUGUGUAACAGGAUAAAUCGCCAAAGCCCAGUGGCUCUCUUGCCUCUCUCUAUACCUGAUCAGCGUGGUGUGGUUUCAAGAUCUUAGGGCCUUUUCUUUCUUUUUUAUAUAUAUAUUUUUUUCUAUUAGUUUUUUUUUAACAUAUCAUUUUCAGCUGUAAUUAAACAUACUUUUACAUCUUAUUCAAAUUUUUGACUUCCAUCGAUCCUGUCUGAAAAUUUUCCAAUCCAAUCUCUCAGUAUGCAUUUCUUAUCUUCCCUAUUACAUUUCAAACUCAUAACCAAUAUCUCUAUCUUUUUCUACUUUGUAACACUUCGUAUAUUUCUCCUUACAAAACUUAUUGUAGUCCUACUAGCGUAAUUUGUUGAUUACAGUUGCUCUUCAAAUAAUUCAUAUACUUCUUCCAAUCUUCUGUAAAUCUCUGGUCCCGCAGAUGUCAAAUCCUUCCUGUCAUUUUGUCCAAUUCUGCAUAGUCCAUUAAUUUCGUCUGCCAUUCUUCUUUUGUCGGAAUUUCUUCUUGUUUCAAGAUCUUAGGGCCUUUUCGAGCUGCCAGCCCUGGUUUGCAACAAAGCGUGGCGUGACCACAUCCACACCAAACAUUACAAAACGAUAUUAUUCCACUUGGACAGUCAUGACGUCCCUCAAUGAAUCCUGUGAACCGUGGUUUGCUGAAAGUUGAUAGGCGACCCCCUAUUCCCCUCACAGAGCCACAUUUCCCAGAGUGCCCUGGGAAGAGGGAUUCCCAGCCUGGGAAUUCUAGUUCUGUUCCAGGGGGGUGGAUAAAGGUAAAGGGACCCCUGACCAUUAGGUCCAGUCGACUCUGGGGUUGCGGCGCUCAUCUUGCUUUAUUGGCCAAGGGAGCCGGCGUAUAGCUUCCGGGUCAUGUGGCCAGCAUGACUAAGCCGCUUCUGGCAAACCAGAGUAGCGCACGGAAACGCUGUUUACCUUCCUGCUGGAGCAGUACCUAUUUAUCUACUUGCACUUUGACGUGCUUUCGAACUGCUAGGUUGGCAGGAGCAGGGACCGAGCAAUGGGAGCUCACCCCGUUGCGGAGAUUCAAACCGCCAACCUUCUGAUCAGCAAGUCCUAGGCUCUGUGGUUUAACCCACAGCGCCACCCGUGUCCCUUAUGGGGGGGUGGAUAGGGGUCUCCUAAUAACUCUCAGCACCUUUAACUACCCUGCCCAGGAUUCUUUGGGGGAAAGCCAUGACUUUUGAAGUGGUAUAACCGUGUGGUCCGCCAGGGGGCUGCAUCCAGAACCGUUAGCCACAAUCACAUUCCCAUACCUAUGCCAAAGUUUUGUGCCACAAAUCUCAAGUUGCACAGAUCCUUUGUAUAGUUAUUGAGGGAAUAUCGGAUAUCAGGCGGGGUUGUAGUUAACGCAGCUGUUGCAGCUGACACCUGACUCUCGGUGUGCCUGUAGGGUUUUGCACUCUUUCCAAACAAGUCUUUGCCUUAGUGGCUGGUACAUUUUUAGGUACAUGAGGCAACUCCCAUUUGCUUGUGUAAGGUGGAGGUGUGUCUACAGGUGGCAUGUGUGUGGCGGGGGGCGGGGAGAGGUGAGGUGACGGAGAUUCCCUCUCCCCAGACAAGUAUCUUUCUUUCCUAGGCAACAGGAAGACCUUUAUUCCCCGUAGCUGAGGGGCAGACCAUCUGCUUGGCAUACAGAAGGUCCCAGGUCCAAUCCCCAACAAUCUCCAGGUAGGGCUGGAAGAGACUCCUGCCUGAAACCCUGGAGAGAUGCUGCCAGUCAGUGUAGACAAUACUGAGUAAGAUGGAGCAAUGGUCUGACUUGGUACAGUCAUACCUCGGGAUGAAUACGCUUCAGCUUAAAUAUUUUCGGGUUGCGCUCCGCGGCAACCCAGAAGUAACGGAGCACGUUACUUCCGGGUUUCGCCACUCACACAUGCGCAGAUGCUUAAAAUGACGUCAUGCGCAUGUGCGGAAGCGGCAAAACGUGAAGCGCAGUCGCGUCUUACGUUCGCUUCAGGGUGCAAAUGGGGCUCCGGAACGGAUCCCAUUCGCAUCCAGAGGUACCACUGUAUAAGGCAGCUUUCCCUAUUCCUAUAUUCCUUCACCUCAUUCAGCCAACAUCUCUCCCCCUGCUUCCCUGACCACAUUCAGCGGGUGCAGAAUGCUGCAGCGAGGCUCCUCACGGGGUCUCUGCCAUGGGAGCAUAUUCACCCAGUGGCUCCCGGUGGAGUGCAGGGUCAGAUUUAAGGUGCUGCUUUUGACCUUUAAAGCCCUCCACGGCCUAGGACCCUCGUACCUACAGGACUGCCUCUCCCGGUAUGCCCCACGGAGACCCUCAAGGUCCAUAAAUAGCAACACGCUAGUGGUCUCGGGCCCUAAGGAAGUUAGAUUAGCUUCAACCAGAGCCAGGGCCUUUUCAACUCUGGCUUCGGCCUGGUGGAACGCUCUGCCUCACGAGACCAGGGCCCUGCAGGAUCUGAUUUCUUUCCGCUGGGCCUGUAAGACAGAGUUGUUCCGCCUGGCCUUUGGCUUGGAGUGAAUUUGAUUCCCUCCCUCUCUUUCUUUUUUCUUUUCCUUCUCCUCCUGCGAUGAGGCUACAUUUUAAUAUUUUAAUGUUUCAAUAUUUUAAUAUUGUAUUUUAAUUUUGUUUUUAAGUUGUAAUCAUUCAACUUGUUUUUAUUAUUGCUUGUAAGCCGCUCUGAGCCCGGCCUUGGCUGGGGAGGGCGGGGUAUAAAUAAAAAUUAUUAUUAUUAUUAUUAUUAUUAUUAUUAUUAUUAUUAUUGUUAUUAUUAUUAUUAUUAUCUUAAUCUCCCAGGUAUGCUUCAAGAACAAUGCUUGUAAUGACUUAAACUCAGCCUAGUAUUAGUGUGCUAUUUUUUGAUUUUGUUUAGGUUUUGUUUUUUGUUAAAUAUGCCAAUUCCCCUUUGAAACAGCGAGUGAAUUCACCUUGGAUAGAAUAGAUUUCGCUUCUGAUUUAUCUCUUUUGUCUGUGUUAACUCUUGCGGUACCUCCAGGUCCCAACAUCCCUGGAACUGAGUGUCUGGAUUGCAUGUGAGAAUUGCAGGUGUGUGUGUACACUGCACACUUAGUAACUCUUGGCAGGUUUUGUGUCGCUGAACAGAACGUGGGCUUCCAGCCGGAGCAUUUUGUAACCUUGCUCUCUGUUAAGAUCUAGGGAUCUAGGCCCUAGUGGUCGUGCAUCUGCUUGGCAUGCAGAAUGUGUCCCAGGCCUCCGUUCCCAGGUGGGUCUGGGGAAGACCCCCCCGCCUGAAACUCUGGACAGCUGCCAUCCGUCUGCCUAGACACUUAUGAGCUAGACGGGAUAGUGGCUUGGCUGUGUCCUGUGUUAUGUGCUACGAUCACCACCUAAUGGCUGCUUUUUCGCUUGGGAUACAACCUGUGUUAUUCUGUGUCUCCCUCCCCUUCUUUUUCUGCAGCACGAAACCAAUGCAUGAGAAAGCAGGGCUCAUGCACAGUCUGGACAAACUGGAGGCAUUACACAAGGAAAAGAGCUUGGAUUCUCCAAAUGGCAGGUGAGUGCGGUUGCAUUUAUUUACGUUUUGCUUUGCUUUUUAGAGGGACUGAGUUCAUCUCUCUCUCUCUCUCUCUCUCUCUCUCUCUCUCUCUCUCUGUCUCUCUCACACCCCCACACCCCACAUUGCUUUCCCUUCCCUUUCUGCUGGGAUCAUAUCUAAUAGCUACCAUCUGGGUGUUUGUAAACUGGGCUCAGUUGACAUUAGGCAUCAAUCUGAUGUGCUCUUACUUGGGACAGAGCCCCAUUCAAGAGCAUGCUUAGGAUGACACUUCAGCUGUAAGAAGUCAACACAAAGGGCCGAAAGAAGUGUAACAUUAAUUGCAGGAAUGUGAUUGGGUGUUUAGCUUUCGUAUAAAUGUUGUGUUUCAGCUGCAGGGAGGCAGCACAGGAUCAGGACCGUGGCACACAGGGAAGGAGAAAUCAAUCCUUCUUCCCCAUGCUUCAUUACCAUUCUGCCCUGCCACCAGAAUUGGUCGGCCCUGGGAGGGGAGCCUCUGUAGAUCUAAUACAGAAUAUAGGGCUGUCGCUGGCUACUGUUCACAAGGUGUAUGUCUGGACCCACAUCCUGUGUGUCCACCACCCACAUGUUCCCUAUGUACACACCCUAGAGAUUUAGGAUCUUUUGCUGGAGUCAAAAUGUGCAUUCCUUACUAAUGGGUGUUUUUACUCAUGACCUUGUGCCUAACAAAGGAGUUCACGCACCAGGAAAGAAAGAACGGUUGGUUUGUUACAUGAAAUAAAGGAGGCAGAGUACACAGAUGCUUCUUUUUGACAGCCUGGUUGCACAUAAACAAGCAGGGAGUCAUACACAGUACAUACACACCUUAGAUCUAAAAUGGAUCCCUAGCUACCCAAAUGCCUGGAGAGUAGGCGCAGCAAUCUUCCACAGACCCAUGCUAAAGAAGGAAGAGGAAGGGGGAGUGUGUACCUGUCCUGAAGUAAGCGGAAUGUAAGUUAGGAGUCAGAGAUCUCUGCCUUCCUUGCGAGAGUUAUGUGGCCCCCGUUAAUAUCCUGUACAAACAAGGCUCCAGCAUCUCUCUCACCUGUUCCCUGGUCCAGUGAAGCUGGUGGAGCUUGUGAACUACCCAACCAUGCAAAUCUGAAGUUUAAAAUACCAUUUGAGGGCAAAUGUAACUACGAAGAGGAGAAGGAUCUUCGUGGAUGCAUGUGUGUCACAACACCUUCAUGCCGCUUUAAAAAAUUUCCUACAAAUUCUUAGUGGCUUGCUAUUUUGUUUGACGUGGAAAAGACACAGCCCUCGUGAGAUAUGACUAAGAGGAAACAUACAGAUAACCUGUUAGUCAUUUCUCGUGAGUAUCAUGUCCUUUCAACUUCAAACAUAACUUUACUUUUGGGAGGAAGAUUCCAUUGUCUACGCAGAACCCGAUUCUUUCUUACAGGAGGUGAUAGCGAAACUUUGCCGGUAUAACAUAGGAUUAGUGUGCUAAUCUUUUACAGUAAGGGUUAGGGGGGCAGAAUUAAUAACCUGCCUUUUCAGUGCGAUACGGUCAAACAGAACAAAACGCAGCAUAAAAAGGAAUGGAAAGCAGAAAGACGGAACAGCAGCCAAAAGAAUCGAUUAGGUAAACUGAACUUCAGAAACCUGUCCUGAAAGUGCAGGUCUUUUAAAGCCCAUCUUAAAAGAACCAAGACCUCUAAUUUGGCAGACCUCAGUAAGUCGAUUAUGUUUGCAGACCCCAGAAUGCCGUCUUGGCAGCCGCCACCAGCCUAAUUGAGUUUUGAGCGGGAUCUUGAUAAAAGUGCAGGGUGUUUUUUUGUGUGAGUAUGGCCGUAGGGAUGCCCAUCUGUGGAAUCUCCCUUUGUCUUACAGCCUGCACUUGAGUGAUGCCAUCAAGGAGGAGGAGUUAAAGAAAUGCCGCAGCGAAGUCACGGUGAGUUGGGGAGGGGCAGGGUGCUGGUUUCCAGGACUCUGCAGCCACUGCCCUUGGUCAGGGGCAAACCGUCUGGCCAGAUUCUGCUUGCUUUUCCCUUGUAAUCUUUCCCCCCUGCUGGACUGAAAGCUGCCUCUUGCAUCCUGGUCCUGCUGCUCCACCUUCUGCUCUUGGCUUAAACUUCACAGGAACUCUGGCCUAGUGACACCUGCUAGAUACAGUAUUUACCUUUUAUGGGCUCUCUGCAUGCAUGCUUUUAUUGUUGUCAUCGACUUCUCUCUUCAGGUGCUAUAUGGUGGGGGGCGGGGAGGUGUCUCAAUAAUUGUUAGGCAUUGCAGAAGGAAACAAGCUUUGAGCAGACAGCACGGGAAUAGUCAUCUUUCCAUAUAAAGCAGGAACGUUUUCCAGCCCAGGGACCGCAUUCCUUUCUGGGCAACCUGCUGAGGGCCACAUGUCAGUGUGGGCCGGCCAGAGACAAAAGGAGGCGGAGCAACAAAUGUCAUCGUUACCUUUGUGCAGUAGGCUAAUGGGUUUUACUUCCCAGCACUUUACUAUCCGGACAGUGUGUUCCUUGUCUCUUUUCUGAGCGCUUCAUAACGGGUCCUGGGAGGAGGAGGACAUGAUGAUGAGGAUUUAAGUGAAAAGGCUGCAAGAAUGGUAAACCUGUGGUCAGACUAGUUUGCCCACUAUCUGCCUGCUGCCAGUACACUCGGGCGUCACCUCUUUGAUAACCUUAGCUCUUUUUAUGUCUUUUUUUUUGUCUAGCCUCCAAAUAAAUACAACUCUCAGUACCACAAGUUGUUCAAGGACAUCCCUACCGAGGAGAGUGUGCUGAAAGGUGAGUGGUAAACAUUGCUUAAAGGGAGGAAGUGAAUCAUAGAGUUGGAGGGUAGUAUUGGAGGCUGGCUACUCUGGCCUGGCGGUUCAUUUCUGGAUGAGGCUCUCAACAGCUAGAGGCAUUCCGGCUGAAGCCACCUCCUAGAGGGCAACCUUAGCCCAGAGUGUCUAACCCACCUGGUUUUCUGAAGGCCAAACUCGAUGCGACACAAUAAAUGUAAUGAGUAAUCGCUCGAAUGCUUUUUGAAAAGUAAAUUGCAGGAGCAACAUGGACCUGGAUCUUGGAAUGGGGGCUUGUGGUUGCCAGCUUUGCCCAUCACUGUGUCCCCAUUGGAGCAGGGGGAGAACCUCAAUUUGCCUUGUUGGUGAGAAAGAAGUUCCAAAGUUCCAAAUAACAGACGCAUUAUCAAAAAGCGUUUGAUAAUGUGUCUUGGCAGUUUUUGAUAGAGUAUGGAAGCAAUGGGGAUGGAGGGAUCACUUAUGAAGGGCAUAAAAGCUAUAUAUUCCAACCAAACAGCUAAAUUGAUUGUCAAUAACAAUUUGACUGAGUCAUUCGAUAUUGCGAAAGGAGCUGUUUAUUGCUGUUUAUAAUGGUGCUAGAGGUGAUAGCAAAUAGGGCGAGGGAAACAUCGGAAAUACGCGGAAUUAAAAUUGGGUCCAAGGAGUUUAAAUUGAAGGCAUAUGCGGACAAUUUAGUAUUAUCUUUAGAGGAACCUCAAACCAGUGUUGGCAAAGUAUUGGAAGAAUUGGAGAAAUUCGGAAAAUUAUCAGGAUUCAAAUUGAACAAAACAAAGACUAAAAUGAUGGUGAAAAAUUUGGAGAGGAAGAUGAUAGAGCAACUAGAACAAAAAUAUGAAAUCAAAGUAGCAAAGUUCCAAAUAACAGGGCUGAGGAAACUUUGGUCCGUGGGCCAGCCUUGACCCAUCAGGAAGUCCAAGCUGACCGUUGAGGCCAUUUCCUCCAAACCACACCCACCUUCCAAUCAGCUGGUGUCACUGGGGGGCAACAGCUGAUGGGGUGCUGCUUUUCCAGCAAGUCCCCUUGGAGGAAUGAGAUCGUGAAGCAGACUCUGCCCCAUGGGGGAGCUUUUGACCACUGGGUGGGGCCACCCACCUAUCAGUCUCCUGAUGCCAUCGUGACACCACCCACCUGUCAGAGUAAAUCUGCAGUGGUGGGGAAAGAUAAAGAUCUGAUUCCUGCCUCCUGUAGAAUAAGAAUAACACCUUCCUUAGUACUAACAGAACAUCAUAAAGUAGUAGGCAAGUUUCAAGUUCCCUUCCAUUGUGCCUUUUACAGUGGUACCUCGGGUUACAUACGCUUCAGGUUACAGACUCUGCUCACCCAGAAAUAGUACCUCAGGUUAAGAACUUUGCUUCAGGAUGAGAACAGAAAUCGCGCGGCGGCACGGCAGCAGCAGCAGGAGGCCCCAUUAGCCAAAGUGGUGCUUCAGGUUAAGUACAGUUUCAGGUUAAGAACGGACCUCUGGAACGAAUUAAGUACUUAACCUGAGGUACCACUGUAUUUUAUUUGUAACCCCAGUGGUAUAUUCCGAAUCUCCUUUCGUUUAUGUACAGCCGCUGCCACCAGCAGGGUGCAUUGAAUCUUGACUGGGGGCAAACUGCUUUGGGAGGUGAUGUUUCCCUCCCGCAAAGCAGGACCAGCACACCCUUUCACACGAUGCCUUGUCUCUUUGCAGUCUGCUCCUGUGCUCUCCAGAGAGACAUCCUCAUCCAAGGCCGCCUCUACAUCUCCCCAAACUGGCUCUGUUUCUAUGCAAACCUUUUUGGGAAGGAUAUCAAGGUGAGUCAGUAAACAUUAGCAGACUAAAAGAGGAGUGUGUUCGAUGGAGAUCAAAUGAAGUGGCGACAGUAUUAAAAACCACCCACCAAAUGCUUGAGCACAGGAAAGUCUGCCUACUUGCUUUUUAAACCUGUUGGCCAGUCAAACAUUGAUUGCAGUAUUGGACGUGCCUUCUCCAAGUGUUGCCUCUCAACUGCAGCAUCUCAAAUGUAGCACAAGUUCCGGGGGAAAUCUGAUAUCUAUGCUUGGAGCUGCUGGCUGCAGGGUGGGGGGAAAGCCCUUUUAAAAAGUAAAUAUUUAUUUUUGUUAGUUUUCCAAAUUAUUACAAAUCUGCCGAAUUACUUUAAUUUAAUACAAUUUCUUAAAACCAGGUUUCCAACUUCUGUUGCAAACAUAUGUCCAUCUCUUCCUCAUGUUGCCACAUCUUCUCAUCUUUAAUUUCCAUUUCAGUCAUUACUUGUUGUUGUCCAUUCUUACAGCAGCCAUAUUUUCCUCCUCACAGACAGCAGCUCUGUCAUCUCUUAUAAAUACAAAAUCCAUUUUUGCGUGUGCAAUCUAUCAUAAUCUUCAUGCUGUCUCAAACCUAGAGUGCAGGAGGAGUUGAAUAUUAUCUUCCUUUGUUCAUUCUUUGCAGCCCAUUCAAUCUAAGGCCCCAGGGUGCGAUGUUUGCCAAAUGUUUACAUUCCCACUUCCACUGCCCACCCCUUAGAUACAGGCCCUUGACCCCACAUGGUUUGGGGGCAGAGACGUGCCCUGCCUGAAUGCUUGACAGGUGCUCUGGACUUGGGGUGCCCCUUGGGCUUGGCCCUAGAGGCAAUCCUGUUCCUCGGCUUCUUUAAUUCAGACAGGAGGCCCAACUCUGUCUCUGCUCCGAGCUCAGAACACCACUUGGGUCGCUAGAGGCCACCUCUGCUACCUGAAGACCUGAACUGAGAUUGGCUUUUGGGAUGCACACCAGCUUGCCUCUGCCUAUAGCUCCAGAUUUGGGUUCUCACUCGCCUGAGCCUGGCUCCCCACUCACCAUGGCAAGGUGGACAAGCAAGAUGGUUGAACCCAGCUUUCUAAGGUGCAAGGACAUCUUAUGGAAACAAAUGUCACUUUUUUGUUUUGUUUUAAAUCCUCAAAGCAAGCUGCUUUGGAGGCAAGGCCUGUGUCUGUGGCAUAAGAGAAACCAUAGCUGAAUCUGAUAACAGUGCAGAAUUCCUGCUGCUUUCCUUGAUUUACAGUUCUGGGGUUAUCUGGUAAACACUGCCGUUGAUGGGUAACGCUCGUCCAUAUUUAGAACAGACUUCCUUAAAAUGGUGCCGAACGGCUGAAUUAUUUAUAUCCUGAGCGCUACCUAUUUAAAUAAACAUUGCUCAGGAAGAAGGCUGCUUCCAACUCCACAACGUUCAGUCCAUUUAGCAGGACUCUUCUGUCAUUACAUUGCAAUUUAUCUGACUGCAGCCUUGAACUUUUCCCUCCGACUGUUUAUUUUCCUUAGAUUGAGGGUCAUGUCCACAAUCUGUGGCAUGUUCUUCUUUCUCCCUCAUGUGCUAAGGGAGAAAGGCACUAAGUAAAGGCACUAAGUAAAGGAGAUGGCUUUUCUGCCUUGAUGUCAGGAGCCAGUCAGGAAUAGCUCAGCAAUAAAAACAACAACACUGGAGUCAGUGAAGUUAACUAUUUAUUAGAAGAAACCCAAACAGCACAGGCCUAGUGAUCAUACAAGCUCUUCCCAGUAGGUCUUGCCCCAGUGAGUUAGUUGUGAGGCCUGAAAGUCCCCACCUUCCCACUGCUCUCUAAGAUUCCUCCCCCAGCAACCUAAGGCUCCAUCAUCUUGUCUCUCGUUGCUCCUCUUCAUUUCUCUGUGUGUUCUGGGAGACCAGGGGGAAAGGGAGCUGGUCACAGCAGGAGGGGGAGACUCCCUGGCUUCUUCAGCAGCCUGUCUCAUCUCUGUCUCCUAGCCCCACUCCUCUCCUGCCUCUGAUUCUGCACCACUCUCUGCCACAGCCUCUUCCUGCUCACUAAAUCCUGUUGCCUCUUCAGCUUCUGACACCUCCUUCUUCCAGUCUUCUCCUUCUUCCCCCUCUGACCAUACGUUUGUCGUCCCACCACCAAUCCUCUGUCUCUGAGCUUCUUCCCCUGGGGGUUCCCCAGCUAGUGCCUCCCACCACUCCUCUGGAUCCAGCCUGCCCAUGACACUUGAGACUCUUCCUAGGCCUUUUGUUUUAUGUCGAAAGCUGGGUACAUUUGCUUCAUGCCAGUCCCUCCUUUACUGCAUCUGUGGUGCUUGCUCUGACCCAGCACCCAGCAUAAUGACAGCCGUACAAGCCCAACGGAGGAGAGAGGGAACCUUGCCCUGGGAAAGACUUGGCCCCUGUCUUGUUCUCAUCUCAGCUGUUUCCCUGGGGCUGAUGUGUCACUGCCCUGCACCCACAGGCUACUGCAAGGGGCUCCCUGACAACAGCAAUGCCUGCUGGGGCCCUUUGCCUGCCAGGGCUUCUGCUGUGGGUCCCCAGCAGCUUCAUUUGUGGCCACUGUCCUAAUUCUUCUCAAACGCAGUGGUCUGGAAAUUGCACCAUUACAGAGCAUUUGGAGUCAAUAAUAAUAAUGGCCCUGCCAUGAAACCUGGCAUCCAGCACAUGCUUAUUUAUAGCAAUUCUUGGUCCCCCCCCCCCCCCGGAUAUAUAGCAAUCUGUCUCUUCACGGUGUCAGACUAUUGAUCUACCUAGCUCUGGGCCAUCUACAUCUGCAGCAGCUGUGCAAAAUUUGGGAAAGGAGCCUUUCUCAGUUCUUCCUGAAAUGGGGACCUUCUGCCUGCUCUGCCACUGAGCUAUGUGGUCUUUUCCUGCAGCUUGGAAUUACCAUAAGAAGUUGCAUAACCGAUUUCAUCAGAGCCCAUGAUGGGGCAGAAAACGUGUACUGCAGGCAAGAGCAAUUAUCUGAUGCCUCAUUUCAGCCUCUGCAGUGCCUUCUGCUUCAUCUGUUCACAGCCUAAGUAUUUCUAGCCUUUAUUGACAGUGAGCAGAAUGUGGGUAGGAAAAGCUACUCAUGGGUUGUUGUUGUUGUUUUUAAACACCAAUGUUUGACUGGCCGAUAAGGUUAAAAAAGCAAGUAGACAGACUUUUUUGCUUGCAAGCAUUUGAUGGGUGGUUUUUUUAAAGGUGCCCGGAAUUGUUAGGCGACCCCCAUAUUCCCAUCAACAAAGCUACAAUUCCCAUACUGGUUUUAACAGCCAGUCCCUCUUCCCAGGGAACUCUGGGAAUUGUUGCUCUCUGAGGGGUCUCCUCACAACUCUCAGCACUCUGAACAAACCACAGUUCCCAGGAUUCUUUGGGAGACGCCACAAAUAUUUAAAAACUUUUGGACGGCAGGAGCUGUUUGACAGUGGAAUGAACUCCCUCGGAAGGGGUUGGACUCUUUUCCUUGGAUAUUUUAAAGCAGAAGUUGGAUGGCCAUCUGUCGUGGGUGCUUUAGUUGAGAUUCCUGCCUUGCAGGAGGUUGGACUAGAUGACUAUCGGGUCCCUUCCAACUCUACAGUUCUGUGAUGCUAGGAAAGUGAUAGGAAACGGCUUUAAAUGCGUAGUGCAAAUGGGGUCUUACUUCCAGUUGUGCAAGCCUCCUCUCGUCGAAAUCUUUGUGACUUGUUUGCAGACUGAUUAUGGUUAGGACUUGGGCGAUGAUUCUGCAACCAGAAAUUAACGACCCAGGGAGUUAUCUUGUGCGAUCCCAUGACUUCAGCUCUUGGCUCGCGCGCAAACUACAUCCAUUCUUCUCCGUUUCAGGUUGUCAUUCCUGUUGUCUCUGUCCAGCUGAUAAAAAAGCACAAAACGGCUCGCCUGUUGCCGAAUGGACUUGCUAUCACCACCAAUGCCAGCCGAAAGGUAAGAGACGCAGGCAAAAAUCUGUACUAUUUGAGGUCAAAGCUGUGAACAUUUUCACCUAUAAAUACUUGGCCUUUUAGCCUCUACAGCAAUAAAUCUGCUGUGUUUGGGGGUGGGGGUCAGGGACAUUAAAUGCCCAUGUGCAGAUAUCCCAUGUAAUCUGCACCUAGGAAUGUACGGAGUUGCCUUAUGGCCCCGCCCACUCCAGGCCUGCAGCUUCUGAUAGGUUACUCCCAAGGGAAUGUGGCCCUAGACAGAAACUGGCUUAAGGAAUGGGAGCUUGUGACAUUCCAGGCGUUGUUGUGUUCCAGCACCUAUCAGACCCAGCCUUCAUGACCGACAGCUAGGGAUGAUGGGAGUCGUAGUCCAACAGCCUCUGGAAGGCCACAGAUCAGCCUCCCUGGCUUUGAGCCUUGGGUCUGCAGCGCAAAUCAAGACCUCUCCACAUUUCCACCCAGCCCUUCAGAACUCCCCCGGUGCGAAUCGUGUCCCUGUACGAUGUUGGGUUCAGUCCCAGCCUGCCCUCUUCAUGGGUUACAUCAACUCGGAAAGGAACGGGAAGUUGCUGGUUGUUUCAGCAGAGUCUAGUAGGCUCCACGUCAGCAGCUAGCAGGUUCUAGUGCACUUGAGGCACCCAUUGACUUUUGCUGGUGAAAGCUUAUGAUGCAAAUAAAUCUGUUCGCCUUAGAUGUGUCAUGCAAUUCCCCCCCACCCACUUCAUGUCCUUGGCAUUUAGGUCUGGAGGCAACAAUUUCCCACUCAGUACUUAAACUGUAUAUUCUUUUUGUUUGUGUGUAAGAACCUGCUGCGUAGUUAAUUAUUAUCUAGUGCCCUUUACUCCUUGUGUCACAUUGGGGAUGGAGAACCUGUGGCUCCCUGGAUGUUGACUCAUCAGCCCCAAGCAGCAUGGCCCAAGGAUGAAUCGAGCUGUAAUCCAGCUUCUGGAAGGGCCACAGCCUGCCCAUCCCUGCCCCACAUGAAAGGAUUGCCAGCGCUUCUGCGGUCAUUGUUUCCUCACCUUUGGUUCUGCUAGCACACCCUCUUGAUGGUCCUCCUUACAUCACCUUGAUAUCGAUCCUUCCUCAAAUCUUGUGCCAUGUUGAGUUCAGUUGACACCAUGUUUGAGAUGAGGAAGCUGGAGCUGGAGCUCCCAUCUUCAGCCUGUUCAUGCACAAUGUACCCACCUGCUCCCUGUGGCCAAGUGUGGUACUAGUUUGCCACCCUUUCUUGGACAGGGUGUGUGUGAGAAGGGUGCUCAGAGCACAGAAGGCAGGGGAAAAGGCAGAUGGAACUACUACAAAUGUGGCAUCCUUCUCCGGUGAGAGCAGGCGCUCACAAUGUUUAUUCGUUUAAAACAGGCUUGGGACUCCCAACGCCCACCCUGCCAGCAUCAGGGAUUUGGGGAACUGUAGUACUACAGCUGGGGCAGGGAGCUUGGGUGUAACCUUCGACACCUCCCUUUCCAUGGAGGCGCAGAUUGCAGCCACAGCAAAGGUGGCAUUUUUCCAUCUCCGCCGCAUUAAGCAGUUGGUCCCUUACCUUUCUCGCCCUGAUCUGGCCACAGUGAUCCAUGCAACGGUCAUCCCCAGGCUGGAUUAUCGUAACUCACUCUACACGGAGCUGCCCUUGAAGCUGACCCAGAAACUCCAGCGGGUGCAGAAUGCCGCGGUGAGGCUCCUUACGGGGUCCUUGCCGCGGGAUCACAUCCACUCGGUGCUGUACCAGCUGCACUGGCUCCCGGCGGAGUACAGGGUCAGGUUUAAGGUACUGGUUUCGACCUUUAAAGCCCUAUGCGGCCUAGGACCCUUGUACCUAUGGGACCGCCUCUUCUGGUAUGCCUUGCGGAGGACCUUAAGGUCCACAAAUAACAACACUCUGGAGGUCCCAAGUCGCAAGGUGGUUAUAUCAGUCUCAAGUAGGGCCAGGGCCUUUUCAGUACUGGCCCUGACUUGGUGGAACGCUCUGUCACAAGAGACUAGGGCUCUGCGGGACUUGACAUCUUUCUGCAGGGCCUGCAAGACAGAGCUGUUCUGCCUGGCCUUUGGUUUGGACUCAGUCUGGCCCUUAUGUUUCCCUCCCCUUACGGUUUUGAUCUAUGGGCUACUUUUAAAACGAGGCUGCAUUUUAAAUUGCAUUCUAACCUGUAUUUUAAAUUGGUUCCCCCCACCAUUAUGUUUUUAUUGUAAUUUUACUGGUGUUAGCCGCCCUGAGCCCAACUCUGGCCAGGGAGGGUGGUGUAUAAAUAAAAAUUAUUAUUAUUAUUAUUCCUCCAAAUGUUCCUGAACUGUCUGUGCUUUCUGAGGUUCAUGGGAGUUGUAGUCCACCUACAUCUGGAGGACCAGAGGUUCCCUAUGCCUGCCAUACAACAACUGACGGGACACAGGUCCCCCAUCCCUGGUUUUAAAACAUUCUAACCCUGCCUUUCGAUUAAGAAAAAGUUAAGUUUUGUGGCAAUAGCUUAUGAUUCAGAAUAAAUAACAUGAAACAAUGUCCAUAAAAUUGCACAGCAACUUGAGCACAGGAAAUGAAGGCAACGCCUCUGGUUGAAACCCUAGAAGAGCAGGGGUGGAUGGAAUGUGGUUUUUCGAACUAGGCAUGUUCACCACGGCUAAAUGAACUUUUGCUAUUUUGGCAGCCGCCUGAUGGGUUUUCCAAAACUGAAACCCAUGAAACUCUUCCAGAUGCAUGCGUGGCUUCCAUUUCAAGCCACCCAUUGCGGGCGGGCUGCUGGCAUUUCAGAAAGAGGCCCCAGGAGGCCUGGCGUAAUGCAGCCUUGCUUCUGGAGCCUUGCUGGGUCUGCCGGAGUCUCAUCGCAGGCUCAGUGAGCCCUGGUGAUGUCCUUGCAGGGCAGCUGGUUACAACGGUCCCUUGGGGGUAGGUGACGAAGGUGGCAGGUAGUCAUGGGCCUAUUGCUACUUGGGUUGUUGUGAGGAUAAAAUAGAGGGGAGCAUGUUCCCUGAGCUCCCUGUGUGAAAGGCACCAUUAAAAAUAGAAUAAAUAAGGUCUUCUCUCCACCAGAGCACUAUGACACCACUUUAGCCCAGGGGUCAGCAAACUUUUUCAACAGGGGGCCGGUCCACCGUCCCUCAGACCUUGUGGGGGGUCGGACUAUAUUUUGAAGGGGGGAAAAUGAAUGAAUUCCUAUGCCCCACAAAUAACCCAGAGAUGCAUUUUAAAUAAAAGCACACAUUCUACUCAUGUAAAAACACACUGAUUCCCGGACUACCUGCAGGCCGGAUUUAGAAGGCGACUGGGCCAGAUCUGGCCCCCGGGCCUUAGUUUGCCUACCCAUGCUUUAACCUGUCAUGGCUUUCCCCCGGGGAAUCCUGGGAAGUGUAGUUUGUUAAGGGUGCUGAGAGUUGUUAGGACUCAGUGAGAAACCAUUCCCAGAGUUCUUUGGGAAGAGGGAUUGAUUAUUAAGGCACUCUGGGAAUUGUAGGUAUGCAAGGGGAAUAGGGAGUCCCCUAACAAAGCAUCCUUAACAAACUACACCUUCCAGGAUUCUCUGGGGGAAGCCAUGACAGGUCAAAGUGAUAUCAUAGCGCUUGAAAUGUUUGGCGCUUGAAAAGUUUGCAGGCUUACCAGUUCUUUGCAAGUGCCCUUUGAAGGGGGCAUGUUAAUAUCCGUGUGUGUGUGUGUCUUUGUCUUUAAACGUGCAAAUGCUGAAUCAGCCUGGCCAGCUGCCGUGCUUCAAACUUUGCUGCUUGCACCAUGAUUAUUCACUGCUCCUGAUUUUUGUUUUGUUUCCAGUACAUCUUCGUGUCCCUGAUCUCUAGAGACAGUGUGUACGAUGUGCUGCGGAGAGUCUGCACCCACUUGCAGGUACUUCCACUCCCUCCCUGACAGCCCUCAUGGUAUCACUUAAAAGAAUUGGUCAGCUGCUCUCAGCAAAGGGUCAAAAGAUCCAGGCUAUGGAGGAGCUCGCUUUUAAAAGCCUGUCCGUUGCGAUGGUCCUUGGGGGUCCUGCCAUUUAAGUUGAGAGGCUGGUGGCAACAAGAAGGGAGAGGGUUUUCUUGGUGGUGGCACCCCCAGGUAUGGAAAUCUCUCCCUGCUAUCCUUUCCGUUGCCAGGCAAAACCCUUCUUAUUAUACCAUACCUUAAAAAACCCAAAAACCAUUUCUGUUAUUUGAUGGUUUUGGAUUUACAGAGUUACUGUAUAUUCUGAAUUGUGGUAUUGUCGUUAAUUUGAUUUCCCAAGCAACAAUUUUGUAAAAACUUAAAAACCAAAAUCAGUGCUUUGUUAUAAAUGUUAUAUAGGAUUCAAAAAGUUACAGGAUUUGAAAAUAAAAGGAGAGGUUACUGAGUAGGGAUCAAUUACUGCAUGUAGCCCUUUUGCAGUCAUUAUAGCCAUGGGGUUUUAAAAAAAUCUUACACAUGAGUUUCCACAUUAAUGGCUUCCCCAAAACUGUUGCCCAAGGUGAGUUGCCUCUGUCUAAUAGAAGGGCUAGCUUUGAAAGCAUGGCACUUCGAUUAAGCAGAGCUGGGAGACCUGCUGUCGCAGGAUACCUCCCAUUACCCCUAACCAUUAUCCACACUGAAUGGGAGUCCAACAAAUAUUUGAAGGGCCAACUAAAGGCUGUUUUUGUCUAUUUGCCACUCCUCGUAAGUUUGCAUUUGUGAGCCCCGUGCAUACGAGGCAGCUAUCUCUCUCCAUCCUGGGUAAAAAGUGAGUGGGGAUCACUUUGCAGAAGCAAAAACAACUAUUUUAAAACUCAGGUUUUGUCCCAAGACUCUUCCCCCACUUCCCUCUCAUGAUACCCAGAGAACACAGAGAGUCCUGUAAUCUUGAGAGAGAAUCAGGAGUUGGUGGAGAUGGCAUCUUGCGGGAUGCCUUAACAACCCAAUGUUUGGGUUGCACUGGCCUGAAGGUCUGCUUUUGGUAGGUAACUAGGCAAUUAACGCUCUAAAAGCCUGUCUGAUUUGUCUGGAGUACAUUUCGUUCCUUGCUCGGCUGGCAGAAAGGGGGGGGCACUUGGCUAACAUUUUGUCCUUCCCUCCUUGCUUCUUAGCCGGCCUGUCUCUCAGACGGGCACUUUGCCAUUUCCUCACUUCACAAUCAGUAGUCAUAGGACGUGAAUUAGAUAACUCUCCUCACAAGCUUCAGCUGGAUCUAUUUCUGGCUGGUGUUGUGGCAGAGGGGCAGAUCGUCUUACUGGGAUCUUAGGAUCAGCCCCCUGCCCCAAGCUCCUCCCAAGCAGUCCUAGGGUGUUUUUGUUCAGGGAAAACUCUCCUUUUGUUUGUCUGGAUGAGGCUUUUGUUUUGAGGUUUUCUUGAAAUACAGCCAGGCCUUUCAUGACUACAAAAGCAUGCUAGCUGGGCGACAGAAUGCACGGGAGACACUUUAAAACGCCUUCUGAAGGACAAAUAUUCCUUUUCCAACUUUGCCCUUGAUGGCCAUGUGAGUGCAUGGAGUUGCUUUGCACCAAAGUCAUGUUGUAAACAAAAUCUGCCCUUUUGCCCUUAUGGGGUAUCCAAGAGCCCGUAUAGAGUCCUUACGUGGGUUCCUUAUUGGUAGGAGAAAAUAACAGAGGCCAACCAGAGAAUAUUGAGAAACAAAGCAGCUAGUAAGCCUGAUCUUUAUUAAAGCUGUUGCAACAGGGUGCUCCCCUCACAUGCAGGAGGACGGAGGAGGACCCAGAACCAAGGUGUGUCUGCCCUUAUAUAGACAUUUUAAAUUCCCUGUCCUGGAGCUCAAGACCACCCCUCCAUACAUCAUACAUACAUCACAGAAGGUGUGUAACCCAAGACCACCGCCCACAAACAUCAUACCUACAUCACAGAAAAGGUGGUCUAUAACAGAAAUUUGAAUGUUGUUGUUUUUCCUGUCUGCCAGGUUAUCUGAUAAUGCCUUAUCUGAUUGCCUUUCCUGGUAGUCUGCCCAUUCCUUUGAAAUGGUGAUUACCCAAUUCCUGCCCUCCCUCCUUGAAGAGAAAACAUUUGGUCAGUUUGGGAAUCACAAAGGUUUCAGGACAGUCUUCCUGUGCUGCUCCAGACAUGUGGUCCACAUAUCUAUGUUUGUGCUUGGUUGGUACAUUUACGAACAUUUAUUAUAUAUAUAUAUAUAUAUAUAUAUAUAUAUAUAUAUAUAUAUGACGACCUUAAAUUUAUUAUUUUGUUUACAACAGUCAAACCACCGGACCACCCAUUUAAAGCACAUGACUGUAGUUUGCUAAGGGUGCUGUGUAUUGCCGCUCUGUGAGGGGCAAAUUACAGUUCCAGGGAUUAUUUGGGGGAAGCCAGGAGCUUUAAAUUCAUGGUGUAGAUGGAACCACAGGGCUGUGCGUGGCAGUGGCUCUCUGGAGUCUUAAUAAAAGGAGUUUCCGAUCUCUGGUCCUCCUAACUCAGGAAUGGGGAACCCUUUCCAGCCGUUUUUUGCCUCGUGGACAUUUGGGGGGGCAUAGGAGCCAACUCCUAGGAGCCGAGGUCCCUUUGGUCCCCCCAAUAAAAGAUUUGAGGGGGUUGCCCCCCAAGUUAAUUGCCGUAGCCAUUCAAAUGGUUUGUGUGGCCAGAGGCACGAGUGGGUGGAGCAACCAAUUCAUUGCAGCACCUUGUAGAGCAGCCAGCACUGCAGCUACAGUAAUAAGUCAGAUUUCGGCUCACACACAUCCUGUCUCCAGAGGCAUGGUUCAAGGAUCCAUGUCAGCCAGGAAACAGUGCUCAGGAAAGUCAUGGUGCAGGGCUGGGAGAAGGGUGUUUGUGAUCUAAGGAGAUCCCUAAGGGCCACAUGGAGAGGCCUGGAGGGCCACAUUAGGUCACCUUGCUGAGGUUUCCCCCACUCCUGGAGUUGCAUGUGCUCCGCCACUGAGCUAUGGACCUCUCAGUUCAGGAGCUCAGCAUGGCUUUCUUUCAAUUAUUUCUUACUGGAUUUUUGGUGCAAUAAUACAGAGACCAGUUAAAAUACAAAAAAGUAUAACUCAGAACAAAGGCAACUUUCCAUGACUUUCUCUUAAGAAACAACGAGGACUUUUGUUAAGCCUGCUAGACACUGUGCCAUGAAAUAGUUUGUGCCCCUCAUUUAAGCUAGACAGACCCGUUCUGAAGUUACCGGUCCUACUCAGUGAUCUGCCUGGGAAUUAAAUCAGUAUUUGAGGUGGUUUCAUCUGGUGCAUGUGUGGAAUGGCAGCUUUGAGAGGGGGGUGAUUUUGGGCAGGGAAAUAGGACAGAGGGAAAAGUCAACCCUCCCGCUCUCUGGUCCUGAUCUGGAUCAGCUCUCCCUGGUUGCUAAUUUUAAAAAGAAGGGCAGUAAUGAGAGACGUGAUGUCAAGGUUUAUCACUGCAGCUAGAGAACUAGCAGUGUUACUCACACGGCUUUCUGGUCCAGGUUUAUUACAUACACUAUAUAGUCUGUAGACACAGCACAGCCUUGGGUGCAGAAGGGGAACGAUGCUGGUAUUUUCCCAAUGUGGCUAAUAGUUAAAAUGCUACGAGUCUUAAGAGAGAUAUGUGGGGUUAGGUCAUGACAAGAGGCUUACAGUCCCUGAGAACUGGUGAUGCAAUACAGGCUGCUCAGUCAGCUCUUGGGGGCGCAGAGGGAGUGGUUGAAGCUUCAGGAUCCAGCCCACGAGAAACUGCCCUUCGGUUCGUUUGCACAUCCUUCCGGAGACCCUUAAAGCGAGUGGCGCCUCCGUAGAGAAACUCAUCUGUUCAUGCCUCAUUCUCUCUGCAGGUCUCAAGCAAAAAGAGCCUGAGCUUGAAGGAACUGACUGAAGAGCCUGACACGGUUUCACUGGUAAGAUGUUCUCUUGAAUCCCCACUAUGGUGAUGAGUUCCCGUUGCUCUGUCCCAGCUUCUGCCAACCUAGCAGUUCGAAAGCAGGCCAGUGCAAGUAGAUAAAUGGGUGGGUGGGAAGGUAAACAGCAUUUCUAUGUGCUCUGGCUUCCGUCACAGUGUCCCAUGGCACCAGAAGCAGUUUAGUCCUCUGGCCACAUGACCCAGAAAUCUGUCUGUGGACAAACACCGGCUCCCUCAGCCUGAAAGCGAGAUGAGCUCUGCACCCCAUAGCCACCUUUGACUGGACUUAACCGUCCAGGGAUCCUCUCCCUCAGGGGUCAGCAACCUUUUUCAGCAGUGGGCAGGUCCACUGUCCCUCAGACCAUGUGGUGGGCCGGACUAUUUUUUUGGGGGGGGGGGAUGAACGAAUUCCUAUGCCCCACAAAUAACCCAGAGAUGCAUUUUAAAUAAAAGCACACAUUCCUCUCAUGUAAAAUCACACUGAUUCCCAGACCAUCCGCGGGCCGGAUUGAGAAGGCGUUUGGGCCGCAUCUGGCCCACGGGCCUUAGGUUGCCUACCCCUGCUCUACCUUUACCUAGGUCCAAACCAUACCAUACCACAACAUCUUAUUCAACAUCUUUAUCAACGACUUGGAUGAUGGACUCAAGGGCAUCCUGAUCAAAUUUGCAGAUGACACCAAACUGGGAGGGGUGGCUAACACCCCAGAGGACAGGAUCACACUUCAAAACGACCUUGACAGAUUAGAGAACUGGGCCAAAACAAACAAGAUGAAUUUUAACAGGGAGAAAUGUAAAGUAUUGCACUUGGGCAAAAAAAUGAGAGGCACAAAUACAAGAUGGGGACACCUGGCUUGAGAGCAGUACAUGUGAAAAGGAUCUAGGAGUCUUGGUUGACCACAAACUUGACAUGAGUCAACAGUGUGACGCGGCAGCUAAAAAGCCAAUGCAAUUCUGGGCUGCAUCAAUAGGAGUAUAGCAUCUAGAUCAAGGGAAGUAAUAGUGCCACUGUAUUCUGCUCUGGUCAGACCUCACCUGGAGUACUGUGUCCAGUUCUGGGCACCACAGUUCAAGAAGGACACUGACAAACUGGAACGUGUCCAGAGGAGGGCAACCAAAAUGGUCAAAGGCCUGGAAACGAUGCCUUAUGAGGAACGGCUAAGGGAGCUGGGCAUGUUUAGCCUGGAGAAGAGGAGGUUAAGGGGUGAUAUGAUAGCCAUGUUCAAAUAUAUAAAAGGAUGUCACAUAGAGGAGGGAGAAAGGUUGUUUUCUGCUGCUCCAGAGAAGCGGACACGGAGCAAUGGAUCCAAACUACAAGAAAGAAGAUUCCACCUAAACAUUAGGAAGAACUUCCUGACAGUAAGAGCUGUUCGACAGUGGAAUUUGCUGCCAAGGAGUGUGGUGGAGUCUCCUUCUUUGGAGGUCUUUAAGCAGAGGCUUGACAACCAUAUGUCAGGAGUGCUCUGAUGGUGUUUCCUGCUUGGCAGGGGGUUGGACUCGAUGGCCCUUGUGGUCUCUUCCAACUCUAUGAUUCUAUGAUUCUACAAUAUAUACUAUCAAGACAUACUAUCUGGAUAUAGUAAGAAUAUUUACGACGGUAUUCAAUGCUAGUCCUAUUCAGAACAGACCCACUAAAGUUAGUGAACAAGCCUCUCUUAGAUCCAUUAAUUUCGAUGGGUCUACUCAUGAGUAGGACCAACAUGGGAUUAUGACCCAUACUGUCUGGGUAUGCUGUAUAUAUACAUUAUGAGUUGUAUCCAAUGCAGUGCUAAGUUAAAUAUACUGAGUUGUAUCCAACAUUAGUAUUACUCGGCGUAGAAUCAUUGAAAUAAACGGGCAUAAUUGACAUAGACCUAUUGAUUUCAGUGGGUCUCCUUUGAGUAGAAUUUUAGUUGGCUGCAACCCAAUUAGCAGCAUACUUGAUUUGCACGGGUGAGCCUGCCAACUGCUGCUAUCUCUGAACCACGUUUAGUGGCAUAAAUUAUAACUACUAAAGCUGGGCCUCUAAGCUUGGCUACCUGCAUUGCCUCAAAGUACUGAAGGGCACCUUCUUUAAGGGAUUGAAUUUGGGACUAUCUGCAUGCAAAACUGGUGCUCUGCCACUGAGCGAUGACUUCUCCCCAAGGAGAAGGCUCACAAUGUCCAGGAGGGGGCAGUGUUGCACUGGGAAGAACUAGCCUAGCCGGCUUUGUUGACAAACCUCUUGCUGUGUUAGCUCUGCCUGUAGGUUGACAAGGCAGUGAAAGAUCGGGGCUCCUUCCUGAGCCAACUAACCCGCAUUCCAUGCCUUCCACAGGAGGUGAUUGUCCCAGAAGUGAAGUGGAGGAAGGGCUCGCCGGCUUCGUUGUCCCUGGCCCUCCCAGAUGCAGGCUUCCAGUGCAUCCACCGGGCAUCUAUCAGCAGCCUCAGCACAAAGGAGAGCUCUUGUAACUCGGAGGAGCCCCUAGUCUCAGGUACGGGACAGCAGGAGUCUGGGGAAAGGCCCUUGGUGCCGCUGCAUGUUUUUUGUCUGGCACCUGCGGACUCUCUCGUUUUUAUUUUUAUUUUUAUUCAAAAUUAUAACAGGACAUAUUAUCCAAAAACAUAUCAUCCUUGUUCCCCCCCCCAUUUUUCCUCCCUCCCCCCUCCCACACAAAAUCCACCCACCCCCACCCCACCCCCCGACUUCCCUCAGUUCCAGUCUUUGGUUUCUCUAAGAAUGCUGUUUUCUGCAUGUUACAAAGUUGUAUAGAUCCUCAAAUUAUUUAGCUGAUUAUUAUCAAGAAAAAGUUUGUGAAUGUUUAUUCAAAAACUGCCAAGGAGUCCAGUUCGCUUUGUUGCGUCUUCAGAUACUUUGUAAAGGGUUCCCAUUCAUCCUUAAAGUCACAGUUAUCCUUGUCCUGUAGCUUAUAUGUCAGUUUUGCCAGUUCUGCAUAGUCCAUCAAUUUUUCUUGCCAUGAUUCUUUAGUUGGGGUUUCUUCAGUCUUCCAUCCUUGUGCUACCAGAACUCUCGUGGCCAUUGUCGCAUACAUUAAAAUGUUUUUCAACUUUUUUGGCAGGUCUUUCCCUACAAUCCCCCCCAAAAUGCCUUGGUUUUAUUAAAAAAUGUUAAAUGGAACAUUUUCUUCAAUUUGUUGUAUAUCAUUUCCCAAAAUUUUUUAAUUACCUUACAAUCCCACCACAUAAGAUAAAAUGUCCCCUCCUUUUCCUUACACUUCCAACAUAUAUUUGAACUAGUUUUGUACGUUUUCCCUAACUGCACUGGUGUUGUGUACCAUCUGUACAUCAUCUUCAUGUAAUUCUCCUUCAAUAGGGAACAAUCUGCGGACUCUCAGGCAGAGCUUCCUUUGCCCCGCCUGAUCUAACAGCUGUCCUGGCAGCAGCACCGACUGUUCAGCUGUCCCAAGGACAUAAGCUGCAUCUCUAUUGCCCCAUGUAAUCUCCGUCAUGCCAGCCGCCCCAUCACGUCCCUCCUGAGUGCAUCCAUGUGUCGGCUGCGCACAGAUGGCCAUGCUCUUUGUUCAUGCUCUUCCAUUUCGCUUCAGAUGCCCGGGGCAGUUCAUCCCGUCAGCGGCCACAUGGAUGCAAACAAAACCAUUUCCUUCUCAGAAUUCUUGUACAAAACUUUGUUUUAGAUGGCGGGUUGUUACUAUCCAAAAACAUAUAGCCUUCAUGUGGGACUUAUUUGCGCUUUCUGAAGCCCUAGUGACCUUUGCCCGACAGUAGGGACGGCUACCACCUCUUUGCUGCUGGGUAGCCCACAAAGCAGCCUUUCCCACCAGGGCAGAAGCACCAGUCGCAAAUCGGAGUUUCUACCCAGGCGCAAAUGCAAUAGUCGGCUUUAAGUCUCUGUGCUGUGUUCUCAGUUGUGUGCAGCUGAGCUGCAAAUGCAGCCCUUGGAUCCACCAGGAGCUGUGCACUCAGUUUUGUGGGCCCAAUUUUAUGCAACCCCCUUUUAUUGUUAUAGAUAGCUUUUAAAAUUUCAUCUCUAAAAUAUUUUUGUCCCGUGUCCAUGUCGUUCAAAGGAAAGCAGCAAGGCAGUAUUAACUGCUUGUUGAAGGAGGUGAGCUGCAGCAACAAAAAUUCAAAUAUUUGUCUGCACAUUUUGAUUGGCUUUUUAAUAUUCUGGUCCUGCAUAUAUAAACAAAUUCCUGUCUGAAAGAUAGGAUUUAAUAUAAUUAAUCUCUACCUUCUGUAUUGUUCAAUGUGUAACCAAAACCAUGCAAUGGGUAUGCUAACCGCUGUUUUACCCAAUCUUUAAUUUGGUGAACCUCCACGCAUGUGUGGAACUAGCCCACUGGUGGACUGCUGGCGAUUUCAUUUGGCUAUAGUUAAAAAAAAAAAAAUCUGAAAAGAAACCUCUCUUCGAAAGCACACUAGUGCAAGUAGAUAGAUAGGUACUGCUGCGGUGGGAAGGUAAAUGGUGUUUCUGUGCGCUCUGGUUUCUGUCACGGUGUCCCGUUGCACCAGAAGCAGCUUAGUCUUGCUGGCCACAUGACCCAGAAAGCUGUCUAUGGACAAACGCCGACUCCCUCGGUCUGAAAGGGAGAUGAGCGCCACAACCCCAUAAUCACUUCUGACUGGACUUAACCGUCCAAGGGUCCUUUACCUUACUCUUCAACAAAAAUAUUCCCCCAGAUCUCAAGUGUCUCCUAACCUUCCAAAGCAGAUGUUGCAGGGACAUAGAAGGCAUAAAGGUUGGAGAGAAUAGCUCUGUUGGGCUAGGGCAGAGAUGGUGAGUUUUUGCCCUGUCCCCGCAUCAGAUGUUGCUGAACUACAACUCACACCAUCCCGGGCCAUAGGCCAUGCUUGCUGGGGCUGAUGGGAAUUGUAGUCCAACAACCUGGAGGGCUAAAAUUUUCCCCAGCACUGUGCUAGCAGAUGCCCACUCACGCUGCAUUGGAUCUCACUGUGUGUUUGUGUGUGUGUUUGCAUUAUAUAUAGUUUUAAUAUUCGAGUUCCUGAUGCCUUUUUAUUAUUAUUCCAGAAAGUGCAAUAAACACUGAAGAGGAGUUGGAGGUGGAGCAGAGCUACCAAGCAGAGUUGAGGCCAUCUGAUUAUCAGCUGCUGAAAAUCUUCAUUGUCUUGUAAGCCUGCAGGCACCCCCCCCCCCCAAUUCCUAUCCUAUCUCCGGGUUGGUUUUCUGACUCUGAGCUCAACGGUGCCUCUCCGUUUUGUCUCUGCUUCCGCAGGAUCUGCCUCCUGGUGGUCUCCUCCUCCUACCUGGCUUUUCGCAUCUUCCGCCUGGAGCAGCAGCUCUGCUCUUUGAACCGGGACUAUCUCUCGCGUGUGCCCCGGAGGUAGGAGAGCCUUCCAAAGCCCAGCAGAGGAGCCCUUUCUCAGGGUCUGGAAGAUGGGAUGGAUAACUUUCUGUUCUCAUUAUGCCAAUAUUGAAAGAUGCCCUUGGUCGCCACAUGAGGAAGGGAUGGGGACCCUGCAGGGGUGGUCUGGAUGCUUUUGGACUUCAGCUGCCAUUGUGCAUGGCCAGUGGUCAGGGAUGAGGGGAGAUGAAGUCCAGCGACAGGUCUGGAGGGACCCACAGGCUUUCUAUUUCUGCUAUAAGCAAAGGUUCAGCAUUGCUUAAUGUAGCUUGUGAACGUCUCUCUUUUUUAAGGGCCAAUUGACACCAGCUUUAGUGGCAGCAAAGCGUGGCCCAUGGCCAGUAUUACUACUACUACUACUACUACUACUACUACUACUAAUAGUUGGUGACUUGUGGAAGCCCCAUGUUGGCCAAAAGAUCCCUGCAUUGCAGUGCGUUGGACUAUAUGGCCUUUGCAGUCCCUUCCAACUCUACAAUUCUCUGAUUCUGUUCUUCUGCUUAGACUGCUUUUCAAAAUCCCAAUUCUGCAGUUAGAAUAUCCCAGUUCUUGGCUGGAAUAAAUUGUGCACAUUUCAAUGAAUGUUUACUUGAAUCCUGCUCCUGCCACUGCCAAAUGGCAAUUCUGCAUCUGGACUUGUUUCCUUUUAUGGACUGGGAUGUGGGUGGUAUCAUAUUCCUCGAGGUGGGAGCACAGAUGUUAGGCAUGGACAAAGACUUGAGUUGUACUGAGUUGAGAUGAUUACUGGAAUUUCCCUCUCUCCCCCCAAGUGAGCUUUAGUUCCCUUAAAUGUAUAUCAUUAAUUGCCUUAAAAAGGUCCUUUGACUUGAGUCAUUAACACUGGAACUUUCUUUUAAUGCACAUGUGUCCAUGCCAGACUGGUCCAAAAUAUUUUUGCUGCAGAGGUGGAGCAACAAAUUGUGACAUAUCUCCCUUGUUCCCACUCCGAGUUAAGGUGCAGAGAACUCAAGGCCAGACAAAUUGGUACCUUUUAGAUAUUGCUGUUGUCUUUUGGUCUUGUAAACCACCUUGAUUUUGCUUUGAAAUGAAGGGCGGUGUACAAAUAACUGAGGUAAAUGAGCAAGUGAUGCCAUAGGCACCUCUUCCUUCUUCGUAGCAGUAAAAAUGCAAUAGUAAAAAAUUAAGUAACUAACAGCUUGAUGCCUUUUCAUGGUGGCUCGCAUCAGCUUCAUUGAGCAGACACUUCACUCUGCCUAAUAUUAGGGCCGGCCCUGAACACACACAAACAAGGAGCUGCAUUAAAUCAGGAGAAGUUUUCUUGCCAUUUGUGGGGCAGUCAGGUUUCCCAUAGGAUUGGUUCAGAGCCUGCUAACAAUGGACUCUUUGUCUGUUUCUGACAGGUGA